AUGAACAUAGACAUUGCAAAAGGUAUGAACAGAACAGGACAUCCAGUAAAGAGCAUCACAUGUCUGAUUCACAGUACUAUUAUAAAGUAUUGUGGUCUUACCAAGAAUUAAUCUUAUGUGUCAGUUACAAGUUACGACAUACGACGUAUGGAUACAGAUUAACAUACUGAAUUUUUGUUGAAUUAUUGGGUCACAAGCUUAGCCAAGAUAGGUAUUAAGAUAAAUUACCAGCAGGUAGAUUGUAGCAUACUGGGCUGUCGUCAGCAGUAGGCAGAAAAAUAAAACUAAAAUUUACUUUAACAUUAACUGAGGAGAUGCACGCUUAUUAGUAUAUGCAGCCAAAGUAACAUCUGAUGAGGCUAUCAGUGGUAGAUUACACGGUGUGUGCCUUAAAUGUUAUAUGUCGUGAGAAGCUGGGGUUACCGCCGCCUCUGGCAAUGUGGAAGAUCAGAAAAAGCAGCUUAUUCCUAGGCAUGGGGAGAGCCCCUGUAGGGCACCUCAAGUGACCCACUGAGUCCCAUAAUCCCGCCAUAGGGCACAGUGUCUACCGACCGCUGUUAACAGGCUUCCCGGUUGUUGGAUGGGUAUGGGCGUGGUACUUUCCAAGCCAUAGUGUCCAGGUGCGGGCUGCAGUAUAGUGAAGUUAAUGCAUGGGGAUGACUUCCCUGAGUGCUCUUCCAGUGUUGGUCGCUGGCGUCAGUGUGAGAAACGUUGGUAAAGCACUGAACCCGCGUCAAAGGAUUGCCGCUGUAGUGUGGGUAGGUAUAAUAAAUGCAGGCUGCUGUGGUUCUUGCCUGUCUUCGAGCUUAUUCCAGGAGUGUUCACAGAAGAGGUCGAAAGCCAUCUGAGAAUCCCCGCGAUGUCAGCUCGGGCUGUGUGGUUCACGAGCACUGCUUCAGCGCGCCACAGAGGGUUCAUCCUUUUUGUCCAGUGGAAUUGCUGCGCCGCCGUUGGCCAUUUUAGUGAGGCCGCGUGGGGGCCUUUUACUUUCGGCGUUCAGCCGCCCAGGUGAGAUGCAAAGGCGAUAGUUUGCCUGGUGGGGACAGGGAUAACCCUCGCCGGUCCAAACAGGGGGUGAACGGGGCCAGGAGGGCAUCAGGUAUGCUGUUGUUUUGUAUUAGCCAGGGCGGAAAGCGAGGCAGCGGCCGUCUGCCCCACUCCCCUCCCGGGUAGGCCUCAGUCCUCAAGCCCCAGGACCCAGAAUCACCCAAUAUCAAGUGCUCCAGCAGCACUGGGACACUCCAGGACCUUGUACCACGGACUUUCAGUGUGUUACAAGCAGAGUAAGGUGGUAUUUACCCAAAAUUAGCUGGAUUCCUCAGGAGCCAUAGUGACUUGCAGCCUGCUAGCAUGGCCGCCCGGCCCCGCCCCUCAAUAAACUUUAUUUUCUAACAAAAUGUUAUUUUUUUAAAGGACCACUAUAGUGCCUUGAGGGUGCCCCCACCCUCAGGAUCCCACUCCCGUGGCGCUGAAGGGGGAGGAAGGGGUUAAUCCCUUACCUUUUUUCCAGCGCCGGGCUCCCUCGGCCCUGGGACUCUCCUCCCUCUUCUGAUGUCAUCGGCUGAAUGCGCAUGCAAUGCAAAGCAUUCUCUCUCCUAUGUACGGUAGCGUCUUCUCACUGUGAAAAUCACUGUGAGAAGCGUGGAAGCGCCUCUAGCGGCUGUCAGUGAGACAGCCACUAGAGGCUGGAUUAACCCAUUUGUAAACAUAGCAGUUUCUCUGAAACUGCUUUGUUUACAGCAGAAAGGGUUUAUCCUAGAUGGACCUGGCACCCAGACCACUUCAUUAAGCUGAAGUGGUCUGGGUGCCUAUAGUGGUCCUUUAAUCCUGUGUCUUUGGGCCCUGCCUUCGUUGUUAGAUCAUUCGGUGUUGAUGCACAAUGCUUUCCAGGGCAGUUUCUGCAAUAGAUAUGCAAAUUUGAAGGAUAGUUUUGGUAUAAUUGAGUUUUGUAUAUUUCUUUGUCUAUUUUUAUUUGUAGUUGUUUUCUAUUAUAUCCUUUUUUAAAUUAUGCAUAUAUUUAGUGAUGUAAAAAAUUGCACAUGAUUUGGUAAAACUAACAAACAAUAACAAACAAUGUUCAUAAACAUUUAAGGUGGAAAAAGAGCAAAAACACAGAAAGGGGAAAUGAAAUUGACAAAAUAUCGUAAACUAUGUCAAAACAACUCUUGUGACACAUAGAGAGAUUCUGAAUCCUCGCACAAUGGAUGUAGUAGCUAAUCUUCUACGUGACGUGAACAAAUAGGCCCUUGAAGUUCUAAUUCAGGUUUGUACAGGUUCAAUUUAUACAUUGUGCUUGUGAAAUCAGCAGCAAAUGUAUAAAUUAAAAUGUAUAUUUAUCUGAAAAUUACUUCUUUUCACACCCAGCAUGCCAUCCUUCAGUUGGAGUCUUCAGCUGCUGUGAACAACCAGGGCCGCGAUUUAAUAUUAUUCAAUACUUUUUUCUAAAUAAUUUAAUGUAUUUGGAUAAACUUAAAAAAAUAUUUCUUUUAAUUAUCAAAAAAAUAUAUCAUACACAAAAAUAUACCUAUUUUUUUAAAAUAUUACAAAAUUUACUUUUUUUCAUAACAGUAAAUCAUUUCAAAAGUUAUCUAAAAGAAUUAAAUAAUUUUAAAAAGCUUAUUCAACAAUAUUGAAUGGAGGCCUAAGUUAGUAGACUUUGCUGCUAUGCUAAAGGCAUGCCAACCGCACAGAGGUAAAGGCAAACUUUGGCAUAUUAUUAUUAGUAUUAUUAAUAUUAUUCUUUAUUAAUUACAGUAGGACUAGUUUGAUGAACAGGCACAAGAGGUGGUAAGGCCUGCCAACUAAACAAAGUGAGGUAUAACUAUCCAACACAAAGCCUGAUUGUUAAGUAUAUUAACAAUAUAAAAUCUUACAUUAUACAUUGUAAUCAGAGAGGAAGGAAAAGGUGGGAUAUUGAAGAAAAGUGUAGAUGAGACGGGGUAGAUAAAAUAACUAGUUAAUUGAUAAGCUUUGCCAGAAAUUGGAAUUUUAAGGAAUAUGUAUGAUGACUAUGAUAAAGACUAAUUGGUUGGGAAACCAAUAACCCUAAAUAAGGCUUGUAGGUGAGAGUGGGAGAUGUGAAUGAGAACAGAGGACAGAUGUAGUUUGUUGACAGAGCAGAGGGGUAAGGAAUGGGCCAUAUUUGCAUUCUGGAAUAUAAGUGGGCAGUCAGGCACAGGUAAGUAGUAAAGACAACGAUGUAGUUGAUGUAGCAAGUAUGCCUAUGAAGAAGCAUGUUAGUUGCAUCUGGAGUUAGAAAGGGUGAGUAUAAGCUUUGUAUUUGAGAUGACGGUAGGGGAAAGUGAAGACUGGCUGAAUGGGAUGAGCAAAAGAAAGAAGUCAGAGUCAAAACAGAAUGCCAAGGCUGGCAUCCUGUGUGGUAGAGUUAGCAACUAAAAAGAUCUGGGUAUCAUGAGCAUUUAGAUGGUACUAGAAUUAAAAGGAACCAAUGAGACCACAAAUGCCUCGUUUCCACUGAGCGGAACGAUUCGGGUCGGUACAGUUUGGAAGGGUUAGAAUGGUCCAGCCUAUUCAGGUAAGCGUUUCCACUGCAAGUCGGACCGCCAGGGGCCAUGCAGGGUUUAGACCAAAUGCCUAGCGUGUCAUAGCGUGUCAUUUGUCGUGAGCAUUGACGUUUUCAUGUCAGCCAAUCAAUGGAUUCCAUAGUGUGAUGCUAGUAGCUCCGCCCUUACUGUACCGUACCAUUUCUUAUGGACCUUCAUCUGCAGGGGGACCAGGAAUGGUGUGGUGCGGUUCGGUUUGGUUGUAUGGGCCACUUUCAUAAUGGAAACACUCAUAAUAGCGUAUCAUACGCUAAAGUGGUCAUGGUGCUUGGAGUAACCUUUAAAUGAGGUGGCCAUUUAGCUAUCUGGUGGCCAUGAUUCCAGGCCAUUAGGGGAGAUGGAAAAGCUCUUUGGGGAUGUCCAAGAGAGAAUUUUUAGAAGUAGCGUAGGCACCUGUGGUGCCCCAUUUGGACAUGUGUCUGUGAGCAGGUGUCUUCUCUGCCUAAUUAUAAAAUUGGUCCUGGCAACGACAGAGAGGUAGCAGGGAGGACGAUGUGCCAGUAAUGGAAAAAAUGCGGAGGUGAGAGAAGAACCAUGAAAGAGCAUGAAGACAAAGGUUACAGAGGAUGUUUAGAAGCUUUCACAUACAUAGUCCAGAUGCUGCAUCCCUCAUCCAGUAAUAUUAAUCUCACAUACCACAAAAAAUCUAGAAUACCAAAAAACACACAUAGAUCAGUGUUAAAAUGGCUAGAUUAAUUAAAAAUAAACUCGAUAAAUCACUGGGGUAUUCACCAGAUAACACAUAGUGUAAUAUCAACAGUUAUUCAUGUAUCUUAACAGUAUUAUUAUUCGUAUUUAAAUAUGCCAGCAUUUUACACAGUGAUUUACAAUUAAUAAACAGGGAUAUUAGAUAACAAGCAAUAAACAUACACAAUAAUGUUGUCAGACACAAAAGAUGAGGAAGGUCCUUCUCAAAUGAGUUUAGAAUCUAGGAGAAAGAGGUAAAGGAACAAAAGAGGAGAAACAAGAUGUUGGGGGGGAUGGUUGAAGAAUAUAAUACAGAAUUAAGCUAGUAAAAGUCGUGUAUGGAUGAACCAAGUGAGAUAGUGAAUUUGACUAUGAACUAUGCACAGGGCUCAAAAUUUCAACUAACCACUAGAAAUUGGAGAGUGAAAUGUAGCCCUGGCGAGCAGAAAUUGACCCCUGGUGAGAGGGCCAUGGACCCUUUACUGUAGCAAUGAUACAUGACAAUAAAACAUUUGGUGGUAAUAUCAGGAUUCUGCACUGGUCAUAAAGAUGCAGUACAUACCCACACUGUUAUGUUUUAUAGUAUGAGUGUGUAUAUGUCAUAGGUCUGGUACUAGCAGUCUCCCAGUUCACUCACCGGGGUUCACGUCUCUGGCCAAAGGUCCUCAUCAAAGUCCCAGAAUGAAGGACUGAAAACAAUGCAUUUCUAUUAUUGUGAUGCUGUCUAAAAAAAGUAGCUUUUUGAUUUCUUUGAAAAUAUCCAAUGUGUGCUCUCUACAUACUACAUAAAAGAUCACAUAUUUACAUUGGACCUGUUUAAGAAUUACAUGGUUGAAUAGUCUGAGUUGGUUCGAAAGGACCCUAAAGGAUCGUAAAGGCAUGUAUAUUGGUCUGGUUAUGUUGCUAAUGACUAAAAAGAUUUGUCUGCACUAUAUCACAACUUAGCACUUCUCCAUAGUCAAGAAUAUCAUGUUUCUUCAACUUCUCUUUCUAGAAAACGAGCUAUCAUCAGUCUCUAACAUAAUGUGGGUCCUCACACAAAGCACUUUGGGUUGACAGGAACACUCCAAGCACCAUAACCACUAUAUCUUGCUACCCCAUUGUAAAACCAUUGCAGGCCCUGCAGAGCUUAGCUAAGGAACUUCUGGCUCUCCAGCAUUAGUAGUGGAGGUGAGGAGUGAUGCCUGAGAGACCCUAGGUAAGAAUUCAAACCGUCCAGGAAUGGUUUGACUUCUUAUAAUGGGGAGUGCCAGGGCUCCCCUGGCACCAUAACCACUACUGUGUGCUUGGAGUGUUCCUUUACCUCUGCCAGAGAUCUCAUAAUCUAAACGCACUUGGAUACAGCGCUCCCUGUGACGCAUCAAACACACCCCAUUAGUACCAUUGUAUGAUAUAUAUAAUACCAAAAAACAUCAUAGAAUUUUGUCAAUGUAACAUGUGCCUUUGAAAUGCCCAAAUUGUACUAUAGCCUGUUGUUUGAUAUUAUUGGCCCACACAUUCAUUAGGAAGAACUGUUAAUAACUGUCGCUGAUGCUAGGCUGUUGUAUACACAAAUUACUAUAAUUUUUGGGUCCAGUACAUGUCAUUAAAUCAAGGAUUUAAGAGAUCUUUAUUCUAAUUCAUUCUAAUUCUAAAAAGAGAUCUUCAUUCUAAUGAUUAUUUAGGGUAAUCAGCGAAAUAACCCAAAGUGUCAUUUUUGAGCAGUCACUGAGACUGUACUCCCACUUCUACUGCAUCAAAGUUGGGCAAGCCCCCUGUGUAACUAUAUUUAUUGCCAGCGUACCAACUUGUGACUGAGAAGGGGGAGAAAUACCUAUUUUCAAAUAGUUUUUUUCUUUUAAUCUAUAGAUUUGCUAGAAAAACUGCUAAAAUACUGUAGAGAUGAAAUGUUAUGCUCUUUCAAAUGAGCAUACAUUGUAGGCAAUAUGACAGGUCCUUUUAAAAGGAUAAGAGGUCAUCAGUGCUGUAGCAAUUUAGAUUUUGAGAAUCCUUUGAAUGUUGAUGCUGCUAGUACCAUAAGGUACUAGAGAUUAAGCUUUGUCUCACAAUAAUUCUAGUAUUUUCUGAAAAAUUUGCAUUCAGCGACAGGUAUUGUGGUAUGCAACACAAAUCAUAUUUGCGUGGGCAAAGAUGUAAGGCACAUAUGGGACUGAUGUAGGGGCAUAUUUAUUCAGCCCCUGAAAACUGAAAAAGCUCUAAAUAACUUUUUAUCUAUACAUCUGCAAGUUUGAAUAGCGUAAUGUAUAGAUGACUUUAUAAAUGCAUUAAAUAAUGACACUCAGAUUUAUAGCAGACAGAAUUUCUUGUGUCUUAGAUUUUUCUGAAAACCUCUGAUAGUAUCCUGUUUCCUGAAGUAGAACAAAUUCCUAGCAUUGUAAUGAUUGUAUGUGUAAUCAGACAAAGAUUUAAAGGAUUACAAUGAUUAUUAUAAGUAGAUCAAGCCGUCUCCUGUAUCAGUUAGUGGAGGCAAGACCUAAGGAAACUUUGAGAUUAUGUUGCGCAAACAGGCAUUCAGACAUUUCCUCCUUAUGAAACAUCUGUUUUGCAAUAUUAACUCAGCAAAAUGGUAACUUGUGAGGCUCCUCAUUCUAGAGUGUAAAGUAUAUGCCCCAUGUGCCUCAAUUCUGUUUAGGACAUACUAUAAAGUUUGACUGCUCUAGAAAAAUUAUAGAAAUGAUGGACAAUGAAAUUAGAGAAGAAACAAAAAAACAAAACAAAAAUAGUGUAAUAUUGUUUGAACAUUUCUGCACUUUGACAUUUUUGCUGGCCAAAAAUGUGUUCCUCUCUUCUUUCCAUCCACAAUUUAUAGUUAUAGAAUAGGGCAAAAAAGGAAAAAAAAGUAGGUGUAAUAUGAUAAAAAUUAAUUGCAAAAAAAAAAAAAAAAAUUAAUUGAAGGACCACCAUAGUGCCAGUAAAACAAACUUGUUUUCCUGGCACUAUAGGGUCAUUAGAUCCCCCACCCCCCAACCUCGUGGCCCCCCUCCUGCUGAGCUGAAGUGGUUAAAACCCCUUCAGCCACUUACCUUUCUCUAGCGCCGGGUUCCCUCCCUCUCCUCCUCCUGCCAAUGUCAGAUCCGAAUGCACAUUCUCGGCAAGUGCCGUGCGCGCAUUCAAAGCGCCCAUAGGAAAGCAUUACUCAAGCAUUACUCAAUGCUUUCCUAUGGAUGUCAGCAUCUUCUCUGUGAUUUUCACAGUGAGAAUCGCGGAAGCUGCCUCUAGCGGCUGUCAAUGAGACAGCCACUAGAGGCUGGAUUAACUCUCAGUGAAACAUAGCAGUUUCUCUGAAACUGCUAUGUUUUCAGCUGCAGGGUUAACACUAGAGGGACCUAGCACCCAGACCACUUCAUUGAGCUGAAGUGGUCUGGGUGCCUAUAGUGGUCUUUUAUACACUAGAUUAGGAAGUAGUAUUUUAAAGGAACAAUCCAGACUUGUAGUGAACUUUAGCUCACUGAAGUGCUUUAGUGGUUAACAGAAGGUCCCAUUUGACUUAUUUUAGGAAAGUGACAGACAAGCUCUUCCUUAUACUAAAUUAUGUUAUAGCUUAACCAAAGGCUUGGUGACAAACAAUCUGACACUUUACGUUCUAACGUUGUUUCCUAUUUUGUUCUACCAAAACAAUUUGAAGCAUUCGUUUGUCAGUUAAAAAAUGUUGCUAAUGACAUUAAUGUUGUUAAAGGUUAGAAAUAUAUCAGUCCUAUACCUACUUUAUGUAUAUAUGACUCCCCACAUCACAAUCCAACACAAGAUGGCGCAUAACUACACCCUGUUCCAAAUUAUUAUGCAAAUUCUAUUUAAGUGUCACAAAGAUUCAAUAUUUUGUUUUUCAGUUUAACUCAUGGAUGGCAUUGUGUCUCAGGGCUCUUUUGAUCACUGAAAACAAUCUCGGACACCUGUGAUAAUUAGAUUGCCAGGUGAGCCCAAAUUAAGGAAAAUCUACUAAAGGAGGUGUUCCACAUUAUUAAGCAGAGCGCCAUUUUCAUGCAAUAUGGGGAAGAAAAAGGAUCUCUCUGUUGCUGAAAAGAGUGAAAUAGUUCAAUGUCUUGGACGAGGUAUGAAAACAUUAGAUAUUUCACGAAAACGUAAGCGUGAUCAUUGCACUAUUAAGAGAUUUGUGGUUGAUUCAGAGCACAGACGGGUUCGUGCAGAUAAAGGCACAUUGAGAAAGAUUUCUGCCAGAUUAAUGCAUUGGAUCAAGAGAGCAGCUGCUAAAAUACCAUUACAUAGCAGCAAACAGAUAUUUGAAGCUGCUGGUGCCUCUGGAGUCCCAUGGACAUCAAGGUGUAGAGUCCUCCAGAGUCUUGCAACUGUGCAUAAACCUUCUAUUCGGCCACCACUAACCAAUGCCCACAAGCAGAAACGGCUGCAUUGGACAGAAAAAUACAUGAAGAUUAAUUUUCAAACAGUCCUGUUCACUGAUGAGUGCCGUACAACCCUGGAUGGUUCAGAUGGAUGGAGUAGUGGAUGGUUGGUGGACGGCCACCCUGUUCCAACAAGGCUGCGAUGUCAGCAAGGCAGUGGUGGAGUCAUGUUUUGGGCCGGAAUCAUGGGAAGAGAGCUGGUCGGCCCCUUUAGGGCCCCCAAAGGUGUAAAGAUGACCUCUGCAAAGUAUGUGGAGUUUCUGACUGACCACUUUCUUCCCUAGUACAGAAGGAAGAACUGUUCUUUCUGUAAUAAAAUCAUCUUCAUGCAUGACAAUGCAUCAUCUCAUGCUGCAAAGAAUACCUCUGCAUCAAUAGCUGCUAUGGGGAUAAAAGGAGAGAAACUCAUGGUGUGGCCUCCAUCCUCCCCUGACCUCAAUCCUAUUGAGAACCUUUGGAACAUCCUCAAGCAAAAGAUCUAUGAGGGUUGGAGGCAGUUUACAUCCAAAUAGCAGCUCUGGGAGGCUAUUCUGACAUCUUGCAAACAAAUUCAAGCAGAAACUGUCCAAAAACUCACAAGUUCAAUGGAUGCAAGACUUGUGAAGCUGCUAUCAAAUAAGGGGUCCUAUGUUAAAAUGUAACGUGACCUGUUAAAAUGUUUAAAAAGUUAAAAUGUUGUUAUAAGUUUGAUUGAAAUAGCUUUUGAUUUCAGUAAAUAUGCUGCAAACACAACAAAUGACAAUGUUCAGUUCUUUACAACCUAUAAAGUGUUUUGAAACUUACUGUGAGUAAUAAUUUGGAACAGUGCAUUGUAAGUUUUUUAUGUUUAAAAAAAAUACUGUUAUCAUUUGGAGGUUUGUCUGUUGUGUACAUCAAUUAUUUCGGCAAAUGAGAAAAAUAUAAUUUGCAUAAUAAUUUGGAACAGGGUGUAUCUACGUGUUCCAAAUGAUCUUAUCAUUUUUCUUUGUUUGCACUGUGUAUUCAAAGGCUGUCUGUCCCCUACUCUCCCCUCCUCCCCUGCAAAAUGAAUAUUUCAUAAAGAUAAAAUAUUUCUGAAGUACUCAGACUGACUGUGCUGAAAUUUCACUGAAAUUCCAUCCUAGUCAAAAUAUAUACUGAGAAAAAGUAGGGACUACUGUGUCUCAGUAUUUUUCUACCCUGACACUUUGAGACACUGGACAGAGCUGCUGCCAUCUAAAAGUGCUAAUCUCCCAGAUGUCCCAGAUGUUGCAUGCAAGAGAGUACAACAGUAAAUUCGGCUCCUGGUGCUUCAAGAUAGGACAGGACAGAUAAAGAUGGUGGCGCCCGCGAGAGGCAGAUUUAGGUAAGUAAAUCUCACCUUUCUCUAUCCCUCCGGCCACCGGACCACCAGCGUCGAUAUCCCCAUUGUGGGUAUUUGAAAAUUAUACCAUGACAGAUAGGUGAACAAGUAGUUAAAAACUACUUAAAAAGGUACUUAUGGUCGCAAAGUAUUAUAAGCCUGGUUGGAGAGUCGUUUUAGGUCUCUUUUGAAAAUCUGCUGAUUUGCUGUAAUUAUUAUUUAUAUUUGUAGCUGUGCUCCCUGGGUUGAUGGUCAGAACCAUACCUCUCUUAUAUUUUUGUCAAGGUAUAUGUGUGAUGAGGAAAGAAACUACCAUGCAAUGUUUAAUGGAAGGUAAAAAUAUCCUGUGAGGUUAGAUGGGCCAUCAUUGUGAAUUGCUCAGUAAAGUGCAAUCCUGAUGUGUCAUAUAUUACAAGGGCUCAACCAGAUUUGACCAGUUUAUUCGAACCAUAUAUUAAAAACACACUCAUUUUUACAUAUAAUGCUGGCCACUAGCAUUCUCAAUUUUUAUAUAUUUUGCAUAUAUUAUGUACAUUAUGAUUAUGGAUCAGCAUUAUUAAAUUGAAGCCAGUCUUUAGCAGGCCCAACUGUGUUGAAGACGUUCUCUUGUCUAGCUCUCUCAGGUUCUUGUCCCAAACCCCUCAGUCUCACUGCUCAAUUUUCUGCAAUUUAUGAGUUAAAUCACUUUUGUUUCUGUUUAUGCCGCACUACCCGGACCUCUCCUGCAUUAAAAAAAUAUAUAUUUAUAAUCAGAUCUUACAGCACAGUAUGUUUACUUUAGAAGUUAUUAUCUCCCAUUCCUAUAAUCGAACUUUAGUCACACACAUGUGGAUGAUGCACACUCUAACAGGCUAUUAACGGAGCAGAAAAUACGAAAUUAUAGAUGAAACAAUAUACUUGUUGUGAGGUUUAAGCAUAAUGAAUUAAUACGCAGAGCUUUCUUAAUAAAAUUAUUAUAUUAUUUAAUCGAAAUAGAAGAUUUUGAUUAAAUAACAUGUUGCCUGUUAUGACUCGUGGCUCAUGAAUAAAAAACUGACUGUUAAAGAAGCAACAUAAAUAAAUGUAAUUCCUUCUAACUGUUCACUUGUGUGUAGUGCUCACAGUCGUUCAAACAUGAGUCAUAUGAAAACUGAAUGAUGCAUACACUCUUCACUUGUGCAGAGCGAAAACAAAUUGCUUCCUUUGAACCACCUCUGAAGAAUUUUUUUAUUUAUUUUUUCCAGAACAGGAGAAAUUAGAAAAAUGGUGACCAUGCCUACGCAGACAUGCACAAACUGCUAAAAUAUAGUCUAGUCUAAUGGCAAUAUCAGGCAUUUUUGAGUUGCAAGAAUUAUAUUAUUAUAUAUCUGGACUAAAAAAAAAUAGGAAGUGAAAGAGCUUGCUGACUCACUUUCUUCCCCCAAACUGCCAACAGCCCCCCACCCCAAACCGCAAUUACUUCACUCUGCUGUCUUGGGGUUAUACUGCUGGAAGUAGUAGACAAUGACAAUGUAAUUGGUUAAAUGCACACAUCUUCGUUGAAUAGCAUGACUUUCUUUCACAGCAAAUCACAUACCGCGUUCCUCUUGUCUGUCAGUCUUUUGGAUUGGAGAGCCAAUAUCCAAAUAUCCUAGGAUUACACUGGGAAGCAAGAAUCCAUUAGCAAUUAGCAAUUCAUUAGCUUAGAUAAGCAUUGAGUAGGUCUUUCAGCUUUGACCAUGUUAGCAGCACCGUAGAUGACCAUGAACCCAAUGUGUAGAUUGUUGUCCGCCUGAUCAUCCAACCAAUUUGUCACCAUAUUCAUAUGCUUCCAAAAGUUUCUAUAGUGAGCGAUCUACUGUAAUUUGGGUAACCCAAUGUAGCAUGCACUUAAUCUAGACAGGGUGCUAAAAUGGAUACGCCUUGUUACCAAACCAAGAGAUUAUGUAUACAGUAUAACAUAGCACACCAAAUUAUUCAAACGUUUAGAUGUUAUUUAAUACAUUUAGUACACAGACAGUUCAAUCUUGAUAUAAGAAAUAAAGUGCAUAAAUAUAAAGUGCAUAACAUAACAGAAGUGCAAACACAUAACCCAAAAAGUAUUCUAUACACUGUCCUGACCUAGGGCUGGAGACCAAAACACCCCAGCAUUUUGGCAGUUGCCUUUUUCCAGGCUAUCUGUAUAUGUGUCAUUGUGCCUAUCUGUGUGUCUGUGUAUCUGCAUGUGUCUUAUUAUGUGUUUCUGUAUGUGUGUUAGUGUGUGUAUCUGUGUGCCUGUGUAUUUGUUUGUGUCUGUGUGUGUGUGUUUACCUGUAUGAGUGUUAGUGUGUCUCUAUGUAUCUGCAUUUGUGAAUCUGUGUGUUUGUAUGUAUGUCAGUGUGUAUCUGGGUGUCUGUCAGUGUGUGCACCCAGGUGUCUGUGUAUCUGCGUAUGUCUUUGUGUGUCUGUGUAUCUGCAUGUCUGUACCUGUGUAUGUGUGUAUCUGUAUGUGUGUUUGUGCAUGUAUAUAUGCAUGUGUGUCAGUGUGCGUAUCGUUGUGUGUGUCUAUGUGAGUCUGUAUCGGGAUGUGUGUCAGUGUGUCUGUAUGUGCCUGUGUGUGGAUGUGUAUCAGUAUGUGUGUGUGUCCAUGUCUAUGCGCAUACAUCUCAGCAUCCAAAUGCCAACAUUACAUGCAAAUUCGCCCCUGCAUUUAAAUGGCAAUACUACAUAAAGACAGGCCCCUACAUUCAAAGGCAAUCACUACACACAAGUAAACCACUGCUUUCAAAGGGCUACAGUACAUAAACACACACAACACUACAAAUACAGAUACUCCAUACAAUUACAUGCUUGCAUUCAAACACACAAAUACUACCACAACCCUGCAAGGAUAGGCAAAUAGUAGAUCCCCAGCUGGCAAACAUUGUGGGACAUGUCCGACAAAUGGUGAUCUAUCUUUUGGCCUUCCUUGCGAUAGAGGGGGCCCAACAAGAUUCUUGCACCAGGGCCCUCACUACUCUAGUUCUGCCAUUGGUGAUGGAUUACACAGGAGUGCAGUACAGAGAUCCCCACACCGUACAUAUCUCUGUAAAGUGUUUUAGCUCUCUUUAUAUCUUUCUUGCCCUCUCUUAGCUCUCUCUCUCAUGAUCUCCUCUUGAGUAGUGUUCUUGCUUUCAUAACUUUAGCUUUCUAUUAUAAAUUGCUGCUGUUAUGAAACAUGUUAAAGCAGGAAAACAUUGAUAGACCAUAACCAUAGCUGAUAUGGUUAACAAAAUCAACAAUCAUUACAGAUAAAAAAGAUUGAAAUCAGAAUCAUCUCAGUCCUCAGAGUCACAGCCCCAGUCCUGCAGUUUGAAGCUUCACAAUUUUUCAACUAGUCACAGCAUGACUGUCUCAGAGCUGAGCUGUAGAGUGACUGAGCACUUUAAAGAAGAUGGUGGGUAUGUGCAGUAGGAGUUAUUAAAACUAUAAGUAACAGGCAGCACAUUGUUCUCUGUCAGAAAUGCCCCCCUCCUCUUGUCAUCCCUGGUUUUAUAUACAUUAAUUAUAUAUUUGAGAAAUUUCCCAUGUUUAAUCAGCCCUCAGGCAGUCACUGUGGCUAUUGAGUGAGAAAAAAAAGAUAAUAUUCUACAUAUUUACAUUUGGCAGCUGCUAUGCUCUCUCUGUGUUACUUCCAAGAAAGCAUUUUGCGUCUCUCUCCUGUGGGUACUGUAACCCCACCCCCUGGUGCUAUCAGACAAUGUUGACCUCUGAAUAUAGAGACCAAUAACAUGCUUUUCACUCAUGGCUAACUGGUUCUGCUGCCCAAAUGGCAACUCAAUGGAAGUUCCUGAAAUGUUUUCUUAAAGUACACUAGGCAUGUGUAAAACCUGCUGAAACAGGUCAGAUUUCAAACCAGCCCCAUUUUUUACACAUAUGAAAACUGGUGGAGAACUACCCCAAAAACUGGUGGAGAGCCUCCAAUGUAGGCGGCGGGCAGUGAAGGUGCUUGCUCACCUGAGCUCUUCGUGCUCAGCUCCCUCUCACGCCGCUUAAUGAAGCCGGGAACCGGAAUAUGACAUCACUCCGGGUCCCGGCAUCACUAAGCGGCGCGCAAGGGGGCUGAGCAGGAAAAUCUGAGCUUCCUCGCCGUCUACUCAGCCUGUCCGCCCCUUACCUGCCCACCCAGCAGCCCUACUGGACCGCAGGUAAGUAAUCUACUCGAACUCUCCCAGGGAGGCUGGGUGGAUUUAAAUUAAAAUAAAAAAAAAUACAAAAAUCGAUAGUGUUGGGGGAAAUGUGUGUGUGUGUCUGUAAGUGUGUUUGUGUGUGUGUCUGUAAGUGUGUGUGUCUAAGUGAAAGUGUGUGUGUGUCUGUAAGUGUGUAUGUGCCGGUCAAAGAGUGCGUGCGUCCGUCAGUGAGUACGUGCGUCUGUCAGUGAGUGCGUCUGUCAGUGCGUAUGUCUUUCAGAGUGUGCGUCUGUCAGUGAGAGUGUGCGUGUGUCAGUGAGUGUGAGUCUGUCAGUGUGUGUCCGAGUAAUAGUGUAUGUCUGUCUAUCAGUGUGUCAAACCAGUGAAAGUGUGUGUUUUUCAUUGUCAGUGUAUAUAAGAGUGUGUGUCUGUCAGUGAGUGUGCGUCUAUCAGUGAGUGACCGUCUGUCAGUCAAAGUGGGGCCUUGACAGGAAGGGGUGGGGGAUAUUUAAAUUAGGGGGGGUGCCCGAGCACCGUCCUGCCUAGGGCAGCACAAAUCCAAAAUACACCACUGUGUAGUAUAUAGAUAUAACUUGUUGUUUUUGUUCAUUUGUGAAGGAAAUUAAGAAACUGUGCAAAUUAAGAGUUUUGGUAUGUUAGCAUAAAUUCCUGAAGUUUGGAUGUUGAUGACCCUUGCAUUGAUCAUCCUGGUUAUUUCCUUAUUUUACCUUAUGAGUUCUGGAUUUGUCAUAUGCUUAUAUGGCCUGUAGGGGAGAACCUUAUUUUCUAGAUCAGGGGCAGUGGCAUACUUCCCAUCCCAUAUUAAUCACUCUGUCCCACUUUUCCUCCUGAUUACCUGGUCAAAAGCUCUGUCGCUUGAAGAUGAUUUAUGAGUGAUAAAAGAGAGAGUAAAUGGGCUGUGGACUUCUAACCAAACAUCAUUUCAAAGUGUUGUAGUUUUUAAAUGUGACGCAUACUCUCUUUGGGUGCAGAUAAACAUUGUCUUUAUAAAUACCUUUUGUUUUGUUUUUCCAGGGGAGCAAAGAGAGGUACCACUGGCAGAGCCAUAAUGUGAAACAAAGUGGAGUAGAUGACAUGGUCCUUCUAUCAAAGAUCUCAGAAGAUGCAAUUGUGGAUAACCUUAAAAAAAGAUACUUAGAUGAUUACAUUUUUGUAUCCUUUAUAAAGUCUUUCUAAACCAUUUUGGUUAAAAAGGGUUGAUUUUCAAAGAACAAAAAUUGACACCAUCCUAAUAUAUCAUACGACUUAUCAGGAAGAUGUACAAAGGUAUGAUGAACUAUAUCCAUUUAAAAUCCACAAAUAUAUACUUUUUCGAAAAGUAACUUUUUUGCAAUCUCACAGAUUUAGUGCAAUUGUUCUGUAUAACAUAAGUACUAAAAUCAUUGAGUGACCGGACUAUAUGAGCUGAAUGGUUUGUCAUAUUGGAGGAAUCCUAAUAAAAUAAGCUUGUCUGCAAUAUCCCAUUUUUAUAUGUAUAUAGAUGCUGAUUUACAGGGUACGGUACUCAGUAUAUGUGAACAAUUAAGCACAAUACAUGCUGAAAAGGGGCAUCAUUUUUCAUUGCUCCACAUAGACCACUUGAUACUAAUAUUGGUUUAUUUCAUUUUAUUUAUUUAUUAUUUAUUGCUUUUACAUUUUACAAAAUACAGACAUUACAUUAAUAGACAUUGGUAUAGUAUAAAUAAUCAUGAAAUACAAUUCACAUAUUAGACUUACAUACUUUAUAUUACCUACAAAAACAAACACAUACACGCAGAACGGGUCACUUUUCAGCAGGGGAUAUUAUUUAGAAAUAAGGGGAUUAUGCUAACUAGUAUUUAAAUAGUAGGACUAUUCAAUUAGUUAUUGUAUGCUAAUUGAGUCAAACAGACAUCCAGAGGGGGACCGGGUGUUCGUUGAGUGCCAUGCCGAAAACAGUUCCAGGCACUCGACGACCAAGUCCUAUUGGCCACCGUUCGGGAGUUAAGAUGGCCACCGUCCAUUGUUCUUGCUACGUGUCCGUAUGCCGAAAUGGCGGCCACCUCGGAACAGUCAAUUAACUUGCGGUUUUCGUGCAGUUACUCAGAGUUCUAAGUUCUAAUUGCUAUCCAGGGUGGUCCUCGUUCGGUAAGCUGACUAUUUUAACGAAAGUAACGAAUGAACCAGCAAUAAAGGUAAUAAAUCCAACGAAUAAAGUAGCAGGGAGGGAGAGAACCGAAUGAGUGGAGGGUGAUUCUUCACACACUCUAUUAAGCUGUAGUUUUUCUGGUGACUAUAGUGUCCCUUUAACCAAAUUAUUACAUCUAAAAUUGAUCAAAAGCUCUGAAGUUGAUCAAAAGAUGAGCAUAUGUGGACAUUAUAUGACGACGCAAGAUUAGGUCAGUUACGUCUAUGUUUAUUUUAGGAAAAGUGAACACUGAGUCUGCCUAAUUAUAGAAAAUAAAUGUGUGAGGGUUUUUUCUUAGUACUCACUAGUUCUAGUUAAUGGGGAUCUUCCCUGAGCAGUUUCAGUGAAAUUUGUGGUUAUUUUGUGUGGAGUCCAAUUCAAAACCCUUUCAGAAAUUUCUGUGCCUUUAAAUGUAUAGAAGAAGAAGACUUUAAGUGAAUGUCCUCCAAAAGUAUUGCUCCAAAGUGCCCCAAAUCCAGAGUUUACUGAAUAACACUUUCGGUGAGAUACUCUGAAAAUCACCUAUCACUUUUGUUUUACCUUUUCUUUUAAAUUUAUAUUUACGUUUAGCAAAUUAUUUCUCAAACCAGUUCAGUCAAGGCACAUCCAAGGCAGACAAUGCAAAUGAGCAGGGGAAAUAGAAACAAUGUUUAGUUUAUCCUCUUCUUUGUGUGCUUUGUUUAUGCUAAAUUCCAGGUGCAAAUGACAGAGUUUAUGACGAUGAUUGACAGGUAGCUAAGAUGGAGGCGCGCAGUACCAGGACAAAAGGGUGCAGAUUUGUACAUUUAAUUUUAUCUUCUCACUUUAUUGAUACAUAUUUGUUAAUUACAGGAAUAAGUAAAAUUAAUAUUAAUAAGUCUCGGAAAAGAGAGUUCCCCUUUAAAAUGUGAUGUUGUGGUUAAAAGAAAAUCAAUUGUUUCAUAGAAAAUUUUUUUAAAUGGUACUGUGUCACUAGUGUGUAAUCCGGUGCUGAGUGGGUGGGAGGGGGGAAAGGGAGAAGCUGUGGUUUGUCUUAUAGAAAUAGUCUCCUUAAAUGGACAAGACAAAGAAAGACAGGAGAGGAAGGAAGAGGUGGCCCUCUUAAACAACAUAUAUUAAAAUAAAAUAUAUAUUAAGUAGUGUGCAUUAUUUAGAGAUAGGUAGAUAGAUAGAUAGAUAGAUAGAUAGAUAGAUAGAUAGAUAGAUAGAUAGAUAGAUAGACAGAUAGACAGAUAGAUAGACAGAUAGACAGAUAGACAGAUAGAUAGAUAGAUAGAUUUAUAUAAGAUUAUAUAAAAUCCCGUGUUACGCAUUUCGCACCCCCGGUGCAUGUUGAGAAAGCACCAUGGGGGUGCGAAACACAUCCAGGGUACUCACUCUUACCUUUUUGUGGGUGGCCGUGUAGGUGGUCUUCCUUAUGUCUGGAAGUAGCAGUAGGUAUCACAACUACUUAAUAUUUCAUUCCUUAAGUGUUCCUAUUUUUUGCAAGUAUGUUGUCCUUGCCUGGAUAUCUGUAUAUUCAUCUUGUGAUUAUUAUAUGCUGUUUGCAUUACUCAAUAUUCCUGCUCUUAAAUUCAGCUUUUUUGGAGUGCUGCCAUGACUAUUUUGUGCCAUACAUCGCUGCAAUUUUUAUAUCAAUAAAUGUGCACUUUUUCAUUAUAUCUGUUUAUAUUUCUGUGUAUCAUAAGGGCGGACUGCAUUUUGUUUUGUGCUAUUUUAAAGGGACACUACAGGAACUCAGACCACCUCAUCUCAAUAGAAUGGUGUCAUGUCACUAUCAUUUUAACCCUGCAACUUAAAACCUAGCCAUUCUGCAGUAACAGCAACGCUAAUAUUGCAGGAUUAAUAUGCUUCUAGUGGCGUUUUCACCAAAAUUGUAGAGCGAAACCCUGCUAUUUCAAUCAGAUUGUCUCAUAGAGACCAUCAGAUUGGCAAUUCAUGGCAUUUUGCCAUGCCUCGCUGCAAUGAGGGAGCUGGCCUGCCGGUAAGAGAGAUCUUUUGAUCUCUCUUCCGGACAGUGCAUUAAGCUGCACAUGCAUUUAGGUGUUCCUUAGCGCACCCGACACACCCCGUGCACUCACCUACGUUUCUAUCUCUAACACUAUAGUGCCCGUUUAAUAAUUAAAUAAGCAUCUGUAUCUUUAUAACUAUAUCUGUAUAACCGCAUCCAUGUCUGUUUAACAAUUAAAUAACCAUCCACAUUUUCUGUAACAGAUAGGUUAAUUGCAGUGUUGGCGUUUGUGUAUUUUUUUUUACCAGCGCUUUAAUUUUGAAAUUUACAUUUUGAAAAUUACACCUUGUAAUCUUCAUAUUUUUACAUUGAUUAUAACUUUACAACCUCUAAACAGCCACUUACGCACGCAACAAGCCAAGCAAGAGGUAUUGACCAUUUUAGCCUCUUUGAGCACUAUAUUAAAAAUCCACCCAGAUGCACAUAAGUACCACUAAGUGUUUGUAUUCUAUGCCUAUUCACAGAUUCAAUACAACCAUAUAUUGACAUUACACUGGUAAUACAUUUAGAAAUAUGACAGAGACUCAUAGGCCUCAGUUUCCUUCCCCAAUAUUACAGGAUGUGUGAAUCAGCACACUUGUGUUGUGGUAGGAGAUGUACAUUUUAUCUCAAAAUGAGGAUUACUGUAUCUUAAAACACACUUACAAGAAACGCAUCUUUUAAAAAUGAAAGGAUAUAUUGUACUGUAAAUACUCUGCAUUUUAUACUUCUUGUAACAGUCUUGUGUUUUUAGAGGAUUUAUAAUAAGCCUAUUAAGUACAAUACUUUUUAAAUUAAAUAAAAUAGUAGCUAGUAUUCAUGAGUAUGUAUCAUCAAGUAAGUUGGACUUCAGAACAAACAGCAAAUACAUGUAUUAAAGAUUUCCUAAGACAUACAUUGGUAGAAAUGUAGAAAAAGUUUUAAAGGUGGCAUAUUCACCUGAUAUCCAGAAAUCAGAUGGUUAUUCAAAACAUCAAAUUCUGCCUAAUAUUUGUUUUUAUGAAUAGAAUCCUAGGUAGCUAUCUCAGGUCUCAAAAUUGCCUCUAGACCUUAGCCACUCGUGAGCAAAAAUUUAUCCAUGGUGAGCAAAAAUUCACCCCACGUUAUUGUGCCAUGAACCGUCCUGGCUUACAGUGGCAGGUAAAUUUUAAGGUCUGGCUAGUAGCCUAGGACUUCACAUUUGAAGCCUUGGCUAUCUGUUUUAUAACAUGGCUGCAAAACAAUUUUUUUAAAAGGGACACUACAGGCAUCAAUACAACCUUAGCAUGAAGCAGUUUCAGUGUAUAGAUCAUGCCUCUGAAGUCUUACUGCUCAAUUCUCUGCCAUUUCUGAAUUAAAUCACUUUGUUUCUCUUUAUAUAGCCCUAGCCACAUCUCCCCAGGCUGUGACUCACACAGCCUGCAAGAAAAAAUCAGAUCUUAAUUUACAUUAGAAGUUUUUAUCUACUGCUCUGGAAAUUGGACAUGCAUGGUCUAGCAGGCUAUUAACAGAACGGAACAUACAUUCUACUUUAAACAGACAAAAAAGGAGGUUUAAAAAUUAAAUCCCUCUUUACAGGAAAUAUUUAAGGAGGCUGUAUACUUUACAUGCAGGAGGUGUGACUAGGGCUGCAUAAACAACGUGAUUUUCUACUCAAUAUAUAAGUCUGUUUAAGAUUUGCUUGAGGCACUUUUAAAGUUAACAUGUCUUGUCAAGCUCCCAUUAACACAUAACAUCUCCUUAAGCAAUAAAUAGUUGAUUUAUCUCAGAUAAAAUAUUAUAUAGUUUAAUGAUUGGUAUAUUAAUUCUUACUUUCUCCCCAACACUGACAUCACUAAAGACAGAAAAAUUUGAUAAAUGAUCACCAGAGGAAUACCGCAGCAACUACUGCACAUUAUUGGUAGUUCCUAUGAUUUAGAUCAGGAAAAUUACCCUCACUCAAUCCUUGACAUAUAUGCUGUGCUGUUAACAUAACACACAUAUCACACACACCUAAAGAUGCGAUUGACAAGUAAGGGAAGGUAACAUUUUUUUUUAGAUCUAUUGAAAAAUAUAUACCGGUACAUUUGCUAGCAAUUCUGCUAGCGCUAACUUGCAAAUUUUGUCUCAUCAAUUUAAAAUGGGGUAAAAAUGUACUUCUCAAUCCAUGAACCUCCAAUAAAGAUAUGAGUUUGGUAAAUUCUUGAAAAUUGUAGAACUCAUAAAAGUCAUCUGACUUUCUUCUGGAGUCCAUAUGUCUGCUCUUAAAUGUGUUUAGCUGUAUAUAUGGGGCAAUUGUUAUCCUAUCAUAUGGAAACAUCAUGACAGAGGGGCUUAUCAUGCAUCUGGGUGCAUCCGAUCUUCUAAAAAGUCUUCCUAUUCAAUGGCCACAUUCUGUUCAUGUGGGUCAAUUAUUGAAUAUAAUUACUCUCAUGUAACAGCUGACCAUUUUAUCGUUCUUCCAAGUUUCCCAGUCUAUAUCAGAAAUUUUACGUUUAAGGCGUCCUUUGUUUUCUCCAAAUAUAGACAUCCCUGGAUUAAAUGUAGUGUUAACUAUGACAAUAUUACAGGAACAGAGGAUCUGAAACAAUAUUUAGUCUGUGCAGUUGUGGCAUUUCGCAAUAGUGAAUGUUUCGAACUGUCUAUCCCCGUCAUCACCGACCAUUAUUCCUCUUUGUUAGCAUAGGUUGCCUAUAUUUGGCAAAUUUUUAUCUAUAUUUUUCAGACUAUGACCCAUGACAUAUUAAAUCAUUUUGCUGAUUUUGUGACUAAUGCACCCUCAUUCCACGCAGCAAAGAUGUACCUUUUAGAAACUCCAUUUGUUGCCUCAUGUUCCUUUGAAAAACUCUCAUAUUGAAAUGGUAAUUGUCAGAUGUCUUACGUAGCGAAUACGUGUUGCUAAUUAGUAAUCAACUUAAAGGAACUUAAAGGAAUACACCAGAUAAAUGUAAUUAUUUUAAAUGUUGGGAUGUUCCUGUUUCUUUUUAGAUUGAAGGCCCCCUUUAAAAUAAGCUACUUUUAAUCCAGCAGUAAGACCACUAGCUUGCCUCGGCCUCUAGGAGAUUGACAUGAGUGACCUUCCUUUUGUUGAUUUUUUCAGUGAUCAUUUUCAAACCAAUAUUAUUAUAAAACUCCAGCAUAUUCCAUAGCGCUUUUCAAUUAGAAAAAAGGCCUUGCUCGAAGAGUUUAUAAUCUAUAGUAGCCAAAUAUGCAUCGUCAAGUGCCUUGUUCUAGGACAUUUUUUGAUAGGGUGGUCUGACCAGGAUUCAAACCUGAGUUUCCCAGUUCAAAGGCAGUUAUGCUACCAUUCACUAACCAGCCAAUAUACUCCAUAGUCUCCCUUGCAUAGACCAAAUACACCGACUUUGAACAAAUGCAAGAAUAAAAUACAAAUCAACUAAUAAUAAAGUAAGAAUAAAGAAUAAUGUAAGAAUAAAGAAUAAAGAAAUAAAUCAACAAAUAAAGUAAGAAUAAAAAAUAAAUCAACUAAUAAUAAAGUAAGAAUAAAGUAAGAAUAAAGAAAGAAAUUAACUAAUAAAGUAAGAAUAAAGAAUACAUUUAGAAUAAAUAAUACAAAAUAAAUCAACUAAUAAUAAAGUAAGAAUAUUAAAUAAAUCAACUAAUAAAAAGUAAGAAUAAAGAAUAUAAAAAUAAAUAAAAUAAAAAAUUUAAAAAAUCUGUGUAAGAAUAAAAAAUACUCAUAUAAAUAUGGUGCAAUGCCAAAAAAAGUAGACAUGUCUGCUCAGUCCAAGCUCAAAAUACAGCCACAUAUAACAAAGCUACAUUGUAGUUUAAUGAGACACUGAAAUGUCGUGAGACUGAAAACAUUUAAAGGGACACUAUAGUCACCCAGACCACUUCAGCUCAAUGAGGUGGUCUGGGUGCCAGGUCCCUCAGGUUUUAACCCUGCUGAUGCAAACAUAGCAGUUUCUUAGAAACUACUAUGUUUACAUUGCAGGGUUAAGCUAGCCUCACAGAUGCGCCUCUAGUGGCUGUCCGGAAGUGCAUAAGUGCAUAAGUCCAUCCUCAACAGUGCUGUCUUUUGUCUCAAUGUACAGAGGGUCGCAUUGGCAUUACCCAGCAUGCAGAUAGAGUUCUGGGCCCAUUCGCGGAAGUCACUUGGGUCCAACUGCGUGCCCUGUGAGAGGGCCAAAUCCACAAAAAUAGGAUCUUAGCCAAUGGGCCUAGUAGAUCCAAUGGCUUGUCUUGUGCCGACUUUAGCCCCUUCUCGAUGCCCUUCCUGAGGUCUCUGCCAGCCCGGGACAUGAAACACUACACUUGACACUACUGUGGUGUCAGAUACCGGAGUGAUAACCUUGUCUGGGAGGAGGAGGGGGCGGGGGCAUUCCGUUCGUAGGCGUACCCGCACUUCCUUAUCCAGUGGCUUGCGGAGCCAAUAAUGGACAAAGUGUGCCAGAUGAUCUGGCAUUGUCCAUACUGACUACCUGGGGUGUCGUAUAGUGUGUGGAUCGAACAUGGGUACCCCCAUUUCGUCCAGAAAAAAACCCUCCAGUGGUCUUGAGCGGAGGUGUGCAGGUACCCUUUUCCUGAUGUUCAUCACCUAGCAUGGUUUCAAUCCCGUACUUGGAGUCGGAGUGGGUUAGGUCUUGCCAGUCCACUCUUUCAAAAUGCUUGGGAUUUUUCAACUGAGCUUUGCCCCUAGACUUGCUCCCCGUCGGGGACCUGGAACCCUUCCUGUGACGUUUGGACCCUGUCUGGCUCAGUGGAGCAUCAGAUCCCACGUCGGCAUCAGAGUCUUGUGGCCCCAUUUGCUGAGGUUGGGGUAGGACUCGUAGUAGGGCCUUUUCAACUGAAGCCGCGCCAGCAGCAUUAAUCAUGGCCUAAAAGUCCUGAGUUGGUGGAAAUGUGUCGCUCAUGGUGGUCGGUCUGCCUGUAAGAGGACAGCGACAAUCAGUGGGAGCAAGAUAAAUGGAGACGCACAUAAGGUGCCAGGCUUCUAGUACAACUGUGGCUCACCCAGGGAACGGUUUAGCCAUGUACAAUGAUAGUGCCAUGAAGAGGGGCUCACCCUCUAAGGCAUACGAAAGGGGAUUGCCCUUAAGUGAAUGGGAGAAGUAUUAGUCUCAGAAUCAUGGGGUUGGUCCCCAGUUUAAUUCCCCGUCCGGAGUGAUAUUGAGGUGUUAACCUCUUAAUUGUUGCCAAUGUGACGUAUCUUUGAGGGGUUCACCCCAGUUACACGUCAAAGUGGUCAGCAAUAAAACAGGUGUACACCGCAUGUGUGAUAGUUCUGCAUGGUGUGAUAAUGUAUCUUCAGACAACAUAAAGGAUGUGAGAGAUCCCUGUAGGGAAUGUGCAGAGUAUCAGCAAGUAUCAGCUCGGUGCUGAGUGAAAAAAUACAAUUGGCUAUAUUUUUUGCAAUCUUAGCAUGACAUCAAGUAGAGGAAUUGUCACAUUUCCUAUUAGUAAUAAAAGAAGAGAAUAAAAAAGCAUGUGGAUGCAUAAUUUGUAAAACAAGAAAUAUGAUAACACAAAGAUGACAAGCAAGACAAAAAUAAGGGCAUAUGUUGCACUUUUUCAUGAACAGUUUCUUCCUUCAAGCCUCAUGUUCAAUCUAUCGCCAAAUCCUGUCAUUUCCAUCUCAAAAACAUUGCGUGCAUCCGCCCCUACUUAACGUCAGAUGCGACUAAGGUGUUGGUCCAUUCCACUGUCCUUUCUCGCCUUGGCUACUGUAAUCCGCUUCUCGGUGGUCUUACGUGCUCCCAACUAGCAACGUUACAGUCCAUAAUGAAUGAGUUGGCGAGGCUCAUCUUCCUGUCCGCCCGCACCUCCCAUGCCUCACCCUUCUGUCAAUCCCUACAUUGGCUUCCUAUAAAAUAUAGAGCUCAAUUUAAAAUUCUGGUUCUUGCUUUCAAAUCUCUACAUAAUGCUGCUCCCACCUAUCUAUUCUCCCUUAUACACAAGUAUGUCCCGUCUAGGCCCUUACGAUCUGCUGAAGACUUACGUCUAUCUUCUGUCCGUACUCCCACCUCUGAUGCUCGCAGGGGCGGACUGAGAACCCUCAGGGCCCCCGGGCAAAAUAAAUCAAGGGCCCCCUUACAGGCCCCACCCAUACUCUGCAGCAAGCGCCACCCUUGUCCCGCCUCCAUGCACCGCCUCCAGCCACACCCUACACAAUCUUUAGACACAAGGAACCAAAGGGCAAUAAGCCCUUCGAGGCCCCAGUAGAGACUACAAUUGAGGGCUAAUGGGCCAUGGAGGGGGGUCUUUCUAGCGGAGGCUAUCUCAGUGUCCUUUAGAGGGGGUGUUAGAAAGAAUCCCCUCCAAGCCCCAUUAGAGACUACAAUGGAGUCUAAAAGGCUUGGAAAGGGGUCUUUCUAACAGAGGCCAUCUCAGCGUCCAUUAGAUAUCCCCUGCUGGAAACAGUCGCCUCCAGGCCCCAGUAGGAACUACAAUUGAGGGCUAAUGGGCCAUGGAGGGGAUUUCUAGCAGAGGCUAGAGUCUAAUGGGGCCUGGAGGGUGGUCUCUCCAACACUCUGGUUCCUAUUCACAAUAUAGCAACACAACAUAGCUCGCUGAUACCUAAGCCAAGUUGGCUCCUCUUACCUUAAUUACUGUUGCUGGCUGGCAGUCUGUGGGCUUGCUGGCUGCGGCUGGCAGGCUGUGGGCUUGCUGGCUACUGCCGGCAGGCUGUGGGCUUGCUGACUGCGGCUGGCAGGCUAUGGCUUGCUGGCUGUAAGCCUGUGGCUUGCCUGGCUGUAAGCCUGUGGCUUGCUGUAGGCCUGUGGGCUGGCUACUGGCCUGUGGGCUGGCUACUGGCCAGCCUGUGGGUUGGCUGGCUGGCUACUGGGGCACUUGUAGAUUAUUUAAAGAAAUAAUCCAUGCACAAUAACCACUACUGCUCCAGAGUAAGUAGUCAAACCGUUUAAGAACAGUUUGACAACUUACCUGGGAUCUGCUGGGAUAUGGGGCUGUAGUAGGGAAUAGGAGCAGUGGUGCAAUGUGUGUGAAAGGUUCAGUGUGUGUGUGGGGGUGUAGUGUGUGAAUGUGUAGGGUGUGUGGGCAGUGUAUGUGUGUGGCAAUGUUAGUAUGGGGGGCUGUGUAUGGGGGUCUGUGUGUAUAUGGGUGGGCAGUGUAUGUGUGUGUGUGAGGCAAUGUGUGUAAAUGUGUAUGGUGUGUAUGGGGGCAGUGUGUGAAUGUGUAUGGUGUGUGUGUGGGGGCAGUGUGUUUAUGGGGCUAGAGUUCACUCUCACCACUGCGACCACCAGGAAUCCAUGGGGGUUACAGUGUUGAGAGUGAACUCUAGCCCGUAGCUCCAGGGCUAGAGUUGACUCUCGCAAGAGCAGUAACGUUGCCAUGGUAACCGCGGCAACGCUCUGUGCUCGCGCAAGAAGGACCCAGAGGAGCUGCAGGGUGAGCUCCCAGGUCCUCUCUUCCUCCCCUGCCCGCACGGUGCCUGCGGACAGGGGAGGGGGGGCAUUCUUCCCUCUCUUUCUCCCCCCUCCCCAUCUCUCUAUUCCCCCUCUUUCUCCCCGUGUCUCAUUCUUCCCUCUCUGUCUCCCCAUCUCUCUAUUCCCCGUGUCUCAUUCUUCCCUCUCUGUCUCUUUCUCCCCCUCCCCAUCUCUCUAUUCCCCCUCUUUCUCCCUGUGUCUCAUUCUUCCCUCUCUGUCUCUCCCCUCCCCAUCUCUCUAUUCCCCCUGUGUCUCAUUCUUCCCUCUCUUUCUCCCCCCUCCCCAUCUCUCUAUUCCCCUCUUUCUCCCUGUCUCAUUCUUCCUCUUCUUCUCCCCGUGUCUCAUUCUUCCCUCUCUGUCUCUUUCUCCCCCUCCCCAUCUCUCUAUUCCCCCUCUUUCUCCCCGUGUCUCAUUCUUCCCUCUCUGUCUCCCCCUCCCCAUCUCUCUAUUCCCCCUGUGUCUCAUUCUUCCCUCUCUGUCUCUUUCUCCCCCUCCCCAUCUCUCUAUUCCCCCUCUUUCUCCCCGUGUCUCAUUCUUCCCUCUCUGUCUCUGUCUCCCCCUGUGUCUCAUUCUUCCCUCUCUUUCUCCCCAUCUCUUUAUUGCCCCCCCUUUCUCCCCCUUCCCCAUCUCUCUGUCCCCCCUCUUUCUCCCCUUCCCAUCUCUCUAUCCCCCCUCUUUCUCCCCCCUCCUCUCUCUUUCCUCCCCCCCCACUCUCCCCUCUCUUUCUCCCCAUCCCCCCUCUCCCCCUCCCCCUCCCCAUCUCUCCCCCUCCCCAUCCUCCCCCUCUCUCCCCCCUCCCAUCUCCCCUCUCUUUCUCCCCCCCUCUCUUUCUCCCCUCCUCCCAUCUCUCCCCCUCCCCCAUCUCCCCUCUCUCCCCCCCUCCCCAUCUCUCCCCUCUCUCCCCUCCCAUCUCUCCCUCUCUUUCUCCCCCCUCCCCUCCCCCAUCUCUCCCCUCCCCAUCUCUCCCUCUCUCCCCCUCCCACUCUCCCCUCUUUCUCCCCUCUCUUUCUCCCCCCCCCUCCCCUCCCCCAUCUCCCCCCCUCUUACUAGUCAGAGGCCGACCGUUCGUAUUGAAGCGGCGGGACCCGGUGGCAGCCCUAGCGGUCGGUGACAUUCCACUCACUAACACUGGAGGGGAAGGAAGGAGGAGGAGCAUGUGUCUGAUCAUGCUCCUUUGCGGUUCCCACAUCCUGUGCUGGGAAUUGUGGGAACCGCAGGGAGCAUGACAGACAUCUCCCCUCCUCCUUCCUCUUCAGUGUUGAAUGGCCGACAGGAGACGGCGGGACUCCACCAGGCCUCCUCUUAUGGCAGACCGCUCCCAGUGUGUGCCACCGGACUGGCCACCCGGUGGCACCUGCUGUCCCCCCCCAAUCCAGCCCUGCCGCCGGGCCCCCUGAAGGCGGCCCUGGCGGCGGGCCCCCCUCCCGGCCGGGCCCUCGGACCGUGUCCGAAGUGCCCGACCGGUCAGUCCGCCCCUGGAUGCUCGCCUUCAAGAUUUCUCGAGGGCUGCACCGUUCUUGUGGAACUCGCUUUCCUCCUCCGUUAGAUGCUCACCCAGUCUCCACUCCUUCAAAAAAUCGUUAAAAACCCACUUCUUCAUAAAAGCGUAUCAAUUAAAUUGUUAAUAGCUCCUGACUGAUUCCUCUUCUGCAACUGUCAUUAGUCUAAUACUAUCCUUACCUUUUUGUGUCAUUUUACCCCACUCUCUCGAGCAUGUAAGCUCAUUGAGCAGGGCCCUCAACCCCUCUUGUAUCCAACUUGUCUGGUUACAACUACAUGUCUGUUCGUCCACCCAUUGUAAAGCACUGCGGAAUUUGACGGCGCUCUAUAAAUAUAAUAAUAAUAAUAAUUAGACAUGUCAAGGUCACUAUUAAAGAGACAGUACAGGCACCCAAACUACUUCAACUCAUUGAAGUGGUAUGGGUGCAGUGCCCCUAUCAGUUUAACCCUGCAACGUUUAUAAUUGCAGUUAUUGAAAAAAAAUUUUUUUUAAUAAUUAGCUUGCAGGGUUAUCUCCACCUCAAGUGACUGUCUACCAGACAGCCACUAGAGACGCUUCAGGGUUAUUGGGCAACAUUUAGUUGCCUAACUGACGCUGGAUGUCCUCCCGCUCUAUAUGAGAAUAUCCAGCUUCAGCUAACUCCCCAUAAAAAAGCAAUGAUUCAAUGCUUUCCUAUGUGGUAGUCCUAAUGUGAUCACGGUGCUCGAUGCACAUGCGCAUUAGGACCCUGAUAGCUGACAAAGAAUUAAGUGACAAAAGAGUUUUUAACCCUUUCUGCACUGUGUGGUUGGGCGCAGGCGAGGGGGAACUAUAGGAUACUGUAGUAUAGUUUCCCUUUAAUUAUUACACCUGAUGAAUGACAGGUUGGUCUAGUGUUUUCUAACACGUGUGAAAUGCGUCAGAUAAAAGGGAACUAUUAACCCCUUAAGGACCAAACUUCUGGAAUAAAAGGGAAUCAUGACAUGCCACACAUGUCAUGUGUCCUUAAGGGGUUAAACAACAACAAAAAAAGCACGAAUAAAAGCAAAAAGAAAUAAAUUAAUUAUCUUACAGUGCAAGCUAAUCUGCCACUACAAGGCAAACCUCUUAGGUGAGCCCUCCAUUAACAAUCUACCUGGCUGUUUCAAGUUAAAAUCUGUAAUUAGAAAGGUAUUUUUAUAAACCUUUAGAUACUUAUUAACCCCAACACACAUAGGGUGAGUGGCAGCACUGUAACAUGGGUAUGUAAUAGAAAAGCAAAUACAAAUAUACAAAAACCCAAAUACAUACAAAAAAAGUUAACUACACACUAUCCCAAAUCCCUAUGCACAUUUAAAUAACAGGAGAUAUUUAGUGUCACCCCAAAGGCCAUUAAAGUGCAAGCUCACCUUCCAAGUCAAGGCAAAUCUUUCAUUUCUCCACUACUUUGGCUUAAAAUUUGAAAUUCACUUUCAAUUCACUUUUAAUUCUCACUUGAGUGAAUAACCCUGUCAGUGUACCAUUGAGUGAAAUCUUUGUUGAUGUAACCCUUUACAAGAAAUAUAUUUCAGAUUCAUAAUUGAUGCAUUUCCUCUUGGCUUGCUAACCAUACUUGCUAACCAUACUUCCUUCAUUUUUGGUACAAUACACCCUACAUAGAAUGUUCUUCGUCUUGCAGGCAUUUUGGUCAUUCUUAAUCUAAAGCAAUUGCCAGAUCUUUUGAAGAGAUUCUGAAGUUGCUAGGUCCAACAUAUUUUCAUGGACACGUAUGAAACAUGGCGUCUUACAGCUGGGAUUCUUACCUGAUAAAUAUAUUUUUCUUCUAGGUUAUGAAUUCUAUAUAUAAUGAUAUAUGUCCAAGAAAACCAGAAUGUACUUUGUUGACAUAUUUGGACCAAAAAUUAAAGGGACACUAUAGUCACCAGAAGAAUUACCUACAGCUUAUUGAAUUUGUUCUGGUGAGUAGAAUCAUUACCUUCAGGCUUUUUGCUGUAAACACUGUCUUUUCAGAGAAAAUGCAGUGUUUACAUUACAGCCUAGUGAUAACUUCACUGGCCACUCCUCAGAUAGCUGUUAGAGAUCCUUCCUGGGUCAUGACUGCCUAAAAUGCAUCCAAACAUUCAGUAUCUCCUCCCUCUUCAGGUGGACACUGAACUUUCCUCAUAGAGAUUCAUUGAUUCAAUGAAUCUCUAUGAAGAGAUGCUGAUUGGCCAGGGCUGUGUUUGAAUCAUGCUGGCUCUGCCCCGAUCUGCCUCCUUCUCAGUCUUAGCCAAUCCUAUGGGGAAGCAUUGUGAUUGGAUCAGGCUACCACUUCUGAUGAUGUCAGCAGACUGCUUGUUUUUCUGAGUCUAACAGCAUGCAGAGUUACAGCUUCAGGCUUGAAUACAGUAAGAUUGUUACUAUAUUUAAGGAGGCAUGAGGGGCCCAGGUGGGCUAGAUGGUGGUUUUAACACUAUAGGGUCAGGAAUACAUGUUUGUGUUCCUGACCCUAUAGUGAUCCUUUAACUUAAUCUAAAUGCAGACAUUUCUCAAAAGUGAUCCUUUGGAGGAGGUGUGGGAACAAAUUUUAAAUUAUUUACACAUUUGGUGGCACGGUAUAGGGAUAAUUGUUACAUGAAAUAAGAUUUUUUAUUAUAUUUCUGAUAAAUUUAAAAUAAUCUUAAUCCCAUCUCCUAUGAAAGGACUUUUACACUUUUACAGCUUUUAAGAAUUAAAUUCAGCAACUAUUAAAAAUAGAUAUUUAAUUAUUCAAAUAUUCUUAGCUAUGGAAAUACUUAUUGCAAGGAAAUGGAGACAUACAGAAACAAUAUCCGGGCCUGAAGUGGUAAAUCGAGUGAACUACCAAUGUGUGGUGGAAAAAGGUUCAUACCUUGAAUACAUUUAAUUCAUUACUGAAUAUAUGGCUAAAAUAAUGUCUCUGACAUUGACAAAUUAUAUCAUAAUAUUAUAUCAAAUAUGGAAAUUAUAAUAUUUUUUCCACUUUCAAAAUCCUCAGUCUUGAGGUAAAGCAGAUCAACACCGCAUGAAAAUAUACACUAAUCUAAUAUCUUGUAAGUACAGUCAAGUAUAUGUUAAAUGUUUGCAGCAUUGUAGUCUCUGGUUCUGUUUUGUCUUGUGUAAUAUUUUGAUGUAAACUAUAAUCUUAUCAAUCAUUUUUUUUUUUUUUAGAGUGAUCCUUUGCUAAACAUUAAAUGACCAGGCAAUUUUUAUUCUUUUAUUUUGUUAUUUUUGUAAGUUUUGUGACAAACCAAUAAGAGUAUGUCAACUUUUAAGAAGAUUUUGAGAUUGUUUAAGUUGGUGACAAACAGUCGAAUUCCGGAGCUCCGAGCAAAAAUGUAGCCAUGUCAAGCCCUUCUCUGAGAAGUUUAUUAUCAUGGUGUUAUUUCCCGUGAUAUUAAAACUACGUAACUUACCACAUUGUCGACUGCAACAUACAGAUUAGUGGUCAGUUUCACUUCGCCUCUUAUGGGAAUAUCAGAUAUAUUCACACAAACAAUAUAUAUACACAUAUAUACAAACACUAAAUCCUGAUCAAAGUUUAUGCUCUAAACGGAAACUGUGACCUAAUAAAUGAAAUAACCUUUUCCUAUUUUGCAAAACCAAGUCUUUGAAGUGCCGUUUUUCCGCUUGAAGUCUGCUGAACAUUGCAAUGAGCUAUAAGUUAAUUGACGUCCUCAAGAGUUAGGUGUAGUGAUGUCCCGAACUGUUAGCCGAACUCCAGUCAGCAGACACAUUCCAGCCAGACCCUCCCACCUCCUGGACAGCAUCCAUUUUGAAGCUGCAUUCUUAGUGAGCUGUCUAGGAGGUGGGAGGGUCUGGGAGGGAGGGUCUGCUGCUGAUUGGCUGGAAUGUGUCUGCUGACUGGAGUCCGUGGCGGACCGUUCGUGGCGAACCGUUCGCGAACCAUUCGGCGAACAGUUCGGGACAUCACUAGUUAGGUGUUGUUUUAUAUAAUUAAUGCAAUGUUUUGUAUUAUUGUAUAACCGCGCAUGUUUUCUAAUUGAAUUUAUGUCUUUCUGUCGGCAUAUUGUUAUGUUCAACUUAAAAUAAUCCAUUCACAUAUUUUUCCUUGAUAACGCCUCCAGACAUAUAUAGGUUCUGUCUUAAUCUCUGUUAAUCCGUUCAAACAGAUGCCCUAUUUCACAGACAGAGAAAUUGAACUAUACCAAGGGGCUGUAAGUCAUUAUAGUUACCUGUUCUACUAAUAUUUAUUUGCUAUGUAAUAAAGAAUUGAUAUAUAUAUAUAAUUGUAUGUAAUGGCAUGUAUUAAUUUGACUACUUUCUUAACUCAAGUCUUGCUUUUUAUGUUUAUACAUUUCUUGCUACAUACUGUAGUCUAUAAAUACCUGAUGUCAGUAUGGUAUACCCUGCUUAAUAAACAUUAUGAGCUCUAUAUAGACGUGCUAACUUUAAUUAAGUGGGACAUUACCUUUUGACUUAGGAUAUUUAAGGGCUAUUUUACCAUGACUGAUUUAUUUCAUCAUUGGUCUUUAGGAGAAUUAUAUUAACCUAAUUGUGCGUAACAUGUUUAGCUGCUAAGUCCAAACUGCAAUUCGUCGGAAUGUGGGCCAAUCAGGAGAUCAGUCGAAUUCCCGAGCUCCGAACCAUAAUGUAGCCAAAUCACGAACCAUCCUUAACACGCAAUUACCAAGCAUAUUCGUUUUAAGUUGUGAUUCUGUAUUCUGACCGUGGCGUUAAAAAAAAAAAAAGAAGAUGAUUGAUGGGGCUACUUUAAAGUCACUAAAUGUUGAUUUUCACAGAUCAAGCAAGAAGGUUCCCAAAUAAUUUUUUCGGUAUACAGAGAUAAAUUCUCAAACUGAACCCAAGGUUAAGAUAAAUCUCUGUGAUGUGUUUGUAUGAGCACACUCAUUUCAAACUGAGACAUUUAGUGCACUUUUUUCUAUUUCUUUAUUCUACUUAUGAGGCCCUUUAAUAAACUUUAAAGGAACACUAUAGUGUCAGGAGCACAAACAUGUAUUCCUGACACUAAAGUGUAAAACCCAACAUUAAGAUCCUGCCUGGUCCCAUCUCUUUACAGUAAAAGGUAAUUUUACUCACCUUUUCAACCAUGCCGCGCCAGUCUUCUAGCAGCUGGCCCAGCCUCCCUGGCUGAAAUAAUCAAUCUUAAUUAUCUCAGCCAAUCCAAUGCUUUUCCAUAGGAAAGCAUUGGGAGGCUAUUGCGCAUUAAAUCAAUGCAUCUCUUUGGGAAAUAUUUAGCCCCUCCAUGUAGAGCUAUAGUUUACAGCUUUACGUUGUCUGUGCAGAAGUGUAAGCACCCAAUAUCUUGAUAUGCAGAUUAUCUUAAACAUGCACUUACCCACAAUACAUUUUUUCCCCCAAAUGUUGGCCCAUCGAACCAUCAACUUCUCAAGAUGGCACACAUUGCAUUUUGGUGUGCACUCUCAUAAACAUGCAGAAAGUUAUAUAGUUCUCAGGGGACAUUUUGGUGUGAAUUUAGCUGGGAUUGUAGAGGUUAGCUAUGAUAAGAGAGGGUGGGUAUUAGUGUUAUGAGUAAGUACGCUGUAAUAAAAUGUGUUUCUGGACAUUGUAAGAGGACUUGGAAUAUAGUUUGUUUUAAAGGUCUGUCUCGUUUGCUCAGGCACAGUACGAGAACCCCCCACAUAUCUAUGCCCUAACGGACAACAUGUAUCGUAACAUGCUCAUUGAUGGGGAGAAUCAAUGUGUCAUAAUCAGGUAUGUGUCUGUUAAUAACUGUGUGGUUAUAUUGAUGUGUGCAGAUUUUAAAUGCAGGUCAAACUUCUUGGCCAUCAUUAGAUAGAGUUAAACACAUAUUUCAGCUCAUAUUUCAUUUUAGCUACUUAAGUUUAACUUGAGCAUUGAAUUCCUCUUUAUUCUUAUUUUAGUAAAUAGCCCUAUAAAAAUAUUUAAAACAUUUUCUCCCCAAUCGGACUGAAAUACUACCAUAUUGAUAGUUUUUAAACAUUUUUACCAUUCUUGGAAAGGAAGGGAACCAAUUAGGAACGGAGAAUAUGACCUUGAGAUUUAUAGUUGGUGUGUUAAGGAGGUGUUUAUUUAAAAGAAGAAAAACGACCACAACAAGAGGACAUAGUCUUAAAUUAGAGGGGCAAAUGUUUAAAAAUAAUUUCAGGAAGUAUUACCUUACUAAGAGGGUAGUGGAUGCAUGGAAUAGCCUUCCAGCUGAAGUGGUAGAGGUUAACACAGUAAAGGAGUUUUUGCAUGUGUGGGAUAGGCAUAAGGCUAUCCUAGCUAUAAGAUAAGGCCAGGGACUAACGGAAGUAUUUAGAAGAUUGGGCAGACUAGAUUAUUAUUAUUAUUAUUAUUAUUAUUAUUAUUGCCAUUUAUAUAGCGCCAACAGAUUCCGUAGCGCUUUACAAUAUUAUGAGAGGAGGCAUUUAUCUAUAAAUAGGACAAUUACAAGAAAACUUACAGGAACGAUAGGUUGAAGAGGACCCUGCUCAAACGAGCUUACAGUCAAUAGGGAUGGACCGUAUGUUUCUUAUCUGCCGUCUCAAUCUAUGUUUCUAUGUUAACCAACAGAGCUCUCUCAAAGUAAUGUAAACCGCUUUCAUAUCUACUCACUAGGAGAGUUGUUUACAGGGCGAUACAGAUUGAUCACAUACAACAUUGGACAGUGUAAACCCAUUCACUUUAGAUUGCACAAGAGUGUGUGUUCAUACAGACUGCAAUACACAAGGGAACAUUUUGAUACAAAACAUAUGGAGGCAAUGCCAUUUCAGCAUCUUAUCCUACAGAACAACAUAUCUCAGAGGAACUCAAUUAACGUCUGGGGAAAAUGACAAAACUUGAUGGUCAAGUUUUGUCAAACAUAGGAAACAUACUAAGACAAAGCAGCCCCUACUUUGUUUUAGUAUAACGUUUGACUGCAAUGAAAUUUCAGUGAAAUUCCAACACAGUCAAUGUAAGUAUUUCAUAUAGAUUUUAUACUAAUUUUGUAGGGGCCUGCCCCUUUAAUAAAAAAAGGUACAGUUACAUUUUAAUUUGUUUAAUAAAAAUAUAUAUAUAAUUAAAAGAGGAUUAGCACCUUAAGAAAUCCUUGGAUUUUGGUGAGUAUGCAAUGUGACAAAAAGAGAAAGGAACAUUUAUAUAGUGUUUUAUGCCAAAUUAGAGUAUGAAAUAAAUAAAAUAUAGUCCCUGCCUAAGGAUGUUUGGUGACUCUCUGGGUCCAGUGGUAGGUGGUCUGGAGGGUAUGCGAAAUAAACAGAAAAAAGACAUUAACAUAGUGUAGUAUAUUUAGUGAGGGAGGUAGAUGAAAUAGAUGAGUGGAAAAGCACUUACAUUAUGUGGAGCCUCCUACUGGCUCCUGGAAAACAAUGUAAAGUGGUACAAUCCCCACUUUUGGAUCUGUUGGAUAGCUGAGGUUCUCAUGAUGAUAUAUGUGGAUAAAAACCAGAAUUAAAAUAUAGUGCUCAACCGUCAUAUAAAGGAUAUGAAUUGCAGAGGUACUCACUAGUGUGGAGCAAAAUAACGGUUUUGUUCAAUCCACAGGGCAUAGGUGGUGUUCCUCACCAAGGAAAUAGGUAUCCAAACUCCAAGAGGAAAUCAGGAUGGUCCUGGAGUAUUGUAAAAUCCACUAAUUGUAUUAAUAAAUCUUAUACAAAAUAAAAAAAAUAUAAGAAUAAAAGCAAAUAGGCCAAUUUAGAUAACACUUUUUUUCACCUAUGACAAAGCUUUUUCAGAAAUAUCCAUUCCCUAUACAGAUUAAUUCUCCAUUUCUUAUGCUAGCUGGUAUGUUCAUGGUUGUGAACAAUUUUCUUCGUCUCUGUAUGCUGAUCCAGCAAAGUAAAAAAUCUUUGGAAAAAAAUUAACACUUUAGUGUUAGGGAUAAAAAAUGUAUUCCUAACACUAAUGUGGCCCUAUCCCCCAUGCCACCAUGCCUUCCUCCUCCCCAGUUAUGUAAAGCGUUAAAUUACCCUUUAUUCACUUACCAGAUUCCAGGUCGCAAUCUGCCUCCUCCGAUGUCAUCCAAUAGUGGGGGACCAAAUGCACAUGCGCAUCAACGCUUUCUUCUCUGACGCUGGACGUUCUCAUGCGGAGUGUGAGGACAUCCAGCGUCGAUUCACAGUGUCAAACUCCAUGAAACUCCAGAAAGCGCCUCUCCCUUUAAUGUGGAUGAGAUUUUAAAAAGGAUCUUCUCUGAGCUUUUGCCCGUUCUCAGAGUUCUCAUAGCAUAGUAUGACAGAUAUAAUUUGUGCAAGUAAAACAAGUUUAUCAUGAGAUUCACAUUACCCCAAAAUAAAUGCUUCUAGAUUAGAACAUGGUAUACAGUGUAAACCGGAGCUUUCUAGAGCAACUCCCCGAGAGGCUUGUGUUUUGUGCAAACUACAGCUUAAAACUACUUAAUGGAUGCCAAAUUACGAGACAUAUAAAUGUAAAUAUUGUAAAGUAAUUAAUGGUUGUUUUCUUUAAUUUUUAUAUUCCAGUGGUGAAAGUGGAGCAGGGAAAACUGUAGCAGCAAAAUAUAUUAUGGGAUAUAUUUCCAAAGUGUCUGGAGGUGGCAGCAAAGUGCAGGUAUCAAGAAUUCUAAAUUUUUGAUAAAAAGAUGUACUUCCUAUUUUUUGAUGUUUUGUUUUGUUUUGUCGUUUAAUGAUAUCUACAGGGUAACAAAACUAAGACCGAGACUAUUUAAGUGUGCGGUGACAUGGAAACAUGUCAACAAACACAACACAAAAUAGCAGUAGAAAUAAGGGGGCUUCCUGUCCUUGAGAGAGAAGUUAAGCAACAAUUAAUUUCAGAGUCUGAAUUAGGCUUGAAUUGAGAUGCAUGGUACAACAGACAUAUGGCUGGCAUUGUGUUAACCGGUCAUGUUCCAGGUGACUUGCUGCACGGUCUGUUAACCAUAGCAUUUCAUCAUUCAUGAGGUUAGACCCAUUGUGGGUUUUUUUUUUGGUUUGAUUGGUAUGAAUUGGGGAAUCACCAAGGCAAGCUUUCGUGCUAUAAAGCAUAGUUUCUGCAAUAGUAUUUACCUCCCUAAAUAAAUAGAAACAUGAUUGAAAAUCCCAACGAGCCAUGCGUUCUCAUCCUGCAGGUUCAAAAUUGUGAUAGAAAGUGGUUCUGCGUAUAUUUUUAAUUCGGAAAUUAAUACACAAAAAUAAGUCCUGCACUCAAAAUAAGCCCUUUUAAGGGGAAACACCCUAUGCAUUAAAAGGCCAGGACUAAUUAAGCCUAUAUGUACAGGUGAUACUCGAAAAAUUAGAAUAUCGUGCAAAAGUUCUUUUAUUUCAGUAAUGCAACAUAAAAGGGGAAACUAAUAUAUGAGAUGGACGAAUUACAUGCAAAGCAAGAUAGUUCAAGCUGUGAUUUGUCAUAAGUGCGAAGAUUAUGACUUACAGCUCACGAAAACCCCAAAUCCACAAUCUCAGUAAAUUAGAAUAUUACAUGCAAUCAAUAAAACAAGGAGUGUACAUAGAACAAUAUCGGACCUGUGAAAAGUAUAAGCAUGCAUAUGGACUCAGUACUUGGUUUGGGCCCCUUUUGCAGCAAUUACUGCCUCAAUGCGGCGAGGCAUGGAAGCUAUCAGCCUGUGGCACUGCUGAGGUUUUAUGGAAGACCAGGAUGCUUCAAUACCGGCCUUCAGCUUUUCUGCAUUGUUUGGUCUCAUGUCUCUCAUCUUUCUCUUGGCAACCCAAAUCAACACAGACUGUGCAAACUUCUCACUGGACUUCAAGCAUCUUGCAGUGUGUGCCUCUCCAUUCUUCCUCCAGACUCUGGGUCCUUGGUUUCCAAAUGAGAUGCAAAAGUUUCUCUCAUCAGAAAAGAGGACUUUGGACCACUGAGCAACAAACCAGGUCUGUUUUUCUUUAGCCCAGGUUAGACGCUUCUGACGUUUUUUGUUGUUCAUGAGCGGCUUGACAAGAGGAAUACGACAUCUGAAGCCCAUGUCCAGGAUCCGUCUGUGUGUGGUGGCUCUAGAUGCACUGACUCCAGCCUCAGUCCACUCCUUGUGAGAGUCCCCAACACUUUUGAAUGGCCUUUUCCUGACUAUCCUCUCCAGGCUGCGGUCAUCCUUGCUGCUUGUGCACCUUUUUCUUCCACACUUUUCCCUUCCACAUAACGUUGUAUUAAUGUGCUUUGAUACAACACUUUUUCUGAUGGUUUUCUGUACAACUGUCAGGUCAGCAGUCUUCCCCAUGAUUGUGAUUCCUACUGAACCAGACUGAGAGAUCAUUUAAAGGCUCAGAAACCCUUUGCAGAUGUUAUGGCUUACUUAGCUGAUUAGAGUGGGACACGGUGAGCCUAGAAUAUUGCACCCUCUUCACAACAUUCUAAUUUACUGAGAUUGUGGAUUUGGGAUUUUCAUGAGCUGUAAGCCAUAAUCAUCGCACUUAUGACAAAUGACGGCUUGAACUAUCUUGCUUUGCAUGUAAUGCGUCUAUCUCUUAUUAUUAGUUUCCCCUUUUACGUUGCAUUACUGAAAUAAAUGAACUUUUGCACGAUAUUCUAAUUUUUCGAGUAUCACCUGUAUAUUGCAGAUUUAGGUGUUUAGCACUUCCUCUCAUCACUUACUUAGGCAUGGGAGUUUGUUCUGAUUUUUUAUUUACAUUUUUUUCUUUUAUGCCUAUUUAGUAAGUCUCACAAGGAGAGAGCCUUUCUUUAUUUUAUUUUACUUUAUCCGUCUGUCUACUUUUAAUUAUUAGGGCUGCCAAUCUUUUAGACUGUAGAAUAUUGCAUAUUCUAUGUUUCUAUUGAUUAUAUAUGGAUGUGUGGAUUGACAUAAGUAACAGAUGGUCUAAGUCGGCAAGUUGAGUUGAUGCCAAAGAGUCCGAUUUAGGUCUCAUCUGACCACAGCACUUUCCCCCAGUUCUUCUUUGAAUCGUUCAGAUGUUCAUUGGCAAACUUCAGACGGGCCUGUACAUGUGCUUUCUUGAGCAGGGGGACCUUGCGGGCUCUGCAGGAGUUCAGUCUUUCACGGCAUAGUGUGUUAACAAUUGUUUUCUUGGUGACUAUGGUCCCAGCUGCCUUGAGAUCAUUAACAAGAUCCUCUCAUGAAGUUCUGGGCUCAUUCCUCCCCGUUCUCAUGAUCACUGAAACUCCACAAGGUGAGAUCUUGCAUGGAGCACCAGACCGAGGGAGAGUGAAAGUUAUUUUGUGUUUCUUCCAUUUGCAAAUAAUCACAGUAGCUAUUGUCACCUUCUCACCGAGUGGCUUGGCGAUUGUCUUGUAGCCCAUUCCAGCCUUGUGUAGUUCUACAAUCUUGUCCCAGACAUCCUUGGACUGCUCUUUGGUCUUGGCCAUGGUGGAGAGUUUGGAAUCUGAUUUAUUGCUUCUGUGGACAGGUGUCUUUUAUACAGGUAAUAAGCUGAGAUUAGGAGCACUCCCUUUAAGAGAGUGCUCCAAAUCUAAGUUUGUUACCUAUAUAAAGGACACCUGGGAGCCAGGAAUCUUACUGAUUGAUAGGGGAUCAAAUACCUAUUUUACUCAUUGACAUGCAAAUCAAUUUAUAACUUUUUUGACAUGCCUUUUUCUGGAUUUUUGUUUUUGUUAUUCUGUCUCUCACUGUUAAAAUACACCUACCAUUAAAAUUAUAGACUGGUCAUUUCUUUAUCAGUGAAAAAACGUUCAAAAUCAGCAGGGGAUCAAAUACUGUAGACACAUACACAUACAAACACACACUCAUAAAUACAGACACUUACUAACAUUCACACAUAUACCAUACAAAUACGAACACACACUCAUACAGACAGAAACAUACUAACACUCACACAUACGAACACAUACUCAUACAGACACACAUACUUAUAUGUUAACACACAUACAGACAAACAGUCAUACAUACAAGUAUGAACUAAUAGACACACGUCUCAGUUGCCUUUAUUGUGUGAACAUUAGUUGUCACUUGUGUCUCUCUUGUAAUCCAAUUUCCCUAAGCGUCCACUAGUUGUCCCUCUUUGUACAUUUUUGUCCCUAUUUUUCUUCAUCUUCCAUACCACAUAUUUACUUGCAGAUUGCACAGCCAGGGGAUGUGUUUACUGGAUCCAGUUUCUGGCUAGUGGUCAGUCCCUUCUAAAUUCAGGCUGCACUGCUAUAAAUUUAGCAGCCAUGGGCUGACAGUUCUAUAUAACCCAAAUUGUACACUUCCAUGCAUGCAAACAGAUUAACUCAUGCAGUGCACCAUGAGUAUCCUGAGCAGUUUGACUUGUAUCUGUAGAAAAUGUAUCUCUACUUGCAUCCAGACUGCAGGGUGCCUCAGAGCACCAGGUCCAACUCUGGUGGCCUGCCAAAGGGUGGGCCUGACAAGAAUGAGCGAAAGCCUAACUAUGCACAGAUGUACAGACUUAGGCAGGCAAGGAAAAUAUGUUUUGUUUGGUAGUUAGAAGAUUGGACAUAUACAGAUGAAAAAUAAUUAGGACAUCAGAAAAUACUUGUUUAUAGAAGAGCUGUUGAAGCGUGGAAUGGGAUUUCUGUAAAUGUUCAAAUUAAUUCGAACAGGAGAGCGCAAAGAUAAUAAUAGUAAAAUAAAAUACCUUAUGAUAAAAAUAAAUAAAAAUCAAGUUAAGCGGCUAUACACAAAAUAAAGUUCCUUAAAAGUCUUUAUCUAAAUACAAUUUAUUGUAAAUGUUGCAGAGCAUAAUAAUCUGGGAGCGUUGCAGAAAGGUUACAAUAGAGAGGAUGUUGUCAUGUGCAGGAAUGUCAAUCAAAAACAAAGUUUGUGUUUUUUUAGAAAAAGCUACCCUGUUUGGGACAGUUAGCAUUUAUCGUAUGUCAAAAUGUUUCGAUAGCUUGUUUACGGGUGUGUUUAAGAAAACUUUGUUUACGAAUGUUACAUGGAUAGAAAUAUUAAACACACUCAGGAGAAGCACAGCUAUGCCAUCUGCUGGCUUUGUUUCAAUUGUCAGGGUGCUACAUUCAAUAUAGCAUGAUAAUGACAGUGAAACGUUGAACGGUUCUCGUGUAGUGGGAUUUUGUACUUGGGGCAUCCAACUAAUAUUACCAUCUGCUUAGGUGAUUUCCAAAGUUCAAUCCUGAGUUCUCUGAUGAUAAGGGGCUCUGGACGGAGGACUCAAAGAAAAUCUGCCUUUCACAACAAAUAUGUGCUUUUAGAGAGCGUAUGUUUCACCGUGCGUUUUCUAUAGGCAGUAUGAUACACCAUCACUAGGGAGGCUAGUAAUAGAAUGAUGUAUAGACCUACAUAAAGGAGCACUUCAAGCACCUUAGCCACUUCAUCUCAAUUAAUUGAUUAUGGUGUCUGGAGCCCCCACCCCAUCCUGGUGUAAUCUUUCCUUUUAGUGUUAAACCAUUUUCAAACCGUUUACCAUAAAAGUUUAGCUUGAACAGUAAAGUAUUGUCAGUAAAGGGCUGAGAGUGUCAACUGGCCUCCCAUUGCGGGUUAAGCUAAAAAUAUAUACGUACCUUUACUUUCAUUAAUAUGAGAACUACCAGUCAGGGAUAGGAUAAAAACUACGUAAGUUCCAUCAGACUCCUUUGAUUGUAAAACACCUUUCCUCCAGCUUUUAAAAAAAAAAAAAACCUUAUACACAACUGGGUAAUCCUUAAAUCCUAGACUGCUAGGGGAGAGUGAGGACUGGAUUCAGAACCACUUUUUUAAACCAUGGAACACCAAUAUAUUAGACAUAUACUGACAUUGCUAACAUCUAGAGGGUUUUAUCUUCCACAUAAGAAAUUCAGUUAGAUUAAAAAUGUCUCCCCUUGUUCCAUAAUAUUAAGUCUAGAAUUCAAGAGAAACACUAGGUUUAGUGUAAAGACAAUGUUACGGGGUGAAGAUUCCAAAGUUGAUACUUUCCAUCCAUUGACCUGAUGACUGUUGGCCCUUACUGUCUCUAAAAGGUCACAAAAAAGGACCAACAAUGUCAGAAUUCAGGCUUGCCCUUCCACUCCUACCAAUUACAACAAGAAAGCGGGUUGACCAAAAAGAGGUCCACAACAGAAGAAUAACUUUCCAUUAAAUUCUGUACCAUACCUGUAUUGUUGAGUAUAUUCUUUGAAAAUGUAACCUGGUAGCUACAUGGUCAUUCCCGUGGCACUCAGCAGAUACCCAAAGAUGAGAAAUGACUAAAUGUAUUCUCCCUUGUUAAAUACUUUUGAUAUAUAAAAUGACUUGGUACCUAAUUUGAUUCCUCUCAUAGUCUUACUCAUUGAGUUUGUUUUUUUAAUCCCUAGCAUGUCAAAGACAUAAUUCUCCAAUCUAAUCCACUGCUUGAAGCAUUUGGCAACGCUAAGACUGUCAGGAACAACAAUUCCAGCAGAUUUGUGAGUCAAUCGUCCCCAUUAAUGUAUAUACAUAUAUUUUAUAUAAUAAAGUGAAACUCAUGUGAAUAUUAUGAAACUGAAAUAUACUUUUUGGGAUUUUUGGAUCACGCAAACCUACUUAAUUUGCAUAGUCCGUAGGUUUGAGUGAUCCAAAAAUUUAUGAAAGUAAUGGUGAAUACAUACAGCUAACAAGUAUGUAACUUCUCUCACAGGGUAAAUAUUUUGAGAUCCAGUUCAGCCGCGGAGGAGAGCCAGAUGGAGGCAAAAUUUCAAACUUUCUCCUGGAGAAAUCCCGUGUGGUUAAUCAAAAUGAGAGUGAACGCAAUUUUCAUGUUUUCUAUCAGGUGAAUAGCAUGCUUUUUACAGCUCUCAUCCGAAACCAAAUAUUAUGUACAUUGGAUUUUCUUGUCAACCUAUUGUUCAAGUAUAACAAACACGUGAAUUCCAAAUUUCAAAUAGCUGAACUGGAAAAAAAUCAGUAAUACUUUAAGUUUCGCCUACUUUGACCUCAAAUUUUUAAUUUACUUUGAAAUGUAUAAAAAACAAAAAACAAAACAAAACAAAAAACUUUCAGUAGUAUAUUCCCAAUGCCAGUUGGGUGUCUAGUGCACGAGGACAGGCUGUAGCACAGCAUUGAACAUUUUAGUACUGGCAUUUGCCUGUUACUUGACAAAUAUGAUGUGCCUGUUGAUACCAACCGGAUUUGGGUCCCAUGCCCAAUGUUAAAAUUACUUGAUGUAGAUUGCAGUGAACACUGCAAGAAAGGGGGCUAUGGGGUAAAAACAAAAUCCACCAUCAGGGUAUAUCGAUCCACUAUAGAAGCUGGUGGUGGAUUUUGGUUUUACUCCUAAGUCUUUCUUUUUGCAUGCUUCCAUAGGUGGGUGGAAGAGAUACCCACAAGAGUGUAGUAGCGGCUGCCAUAUUUUACAUCUAUACACAGUGUUAAGCACCUUUUUUUGUUCAUGACAGUGAACAUUAUUCUGUUUUGCAAGUUAUUUGCAUUUCCCAUUACUUGGGCAGUAGCAGGGUAUUAGUGAUGUUUGAAAAUUACCACGGACGGAAUUUUUAUGUGUGUUGUUAAAGGAACACUGGGGCAACAUUUCAAUCAAUGUUCAAUCAUGAUGAAGCAAUCACCUUGGAAACCAAUAUAGUGUAUCUGUCAAAUAUACUAAUGUCCAUGAUGAUUACUGCAAUAAAGACCACCAAAUAAAUUGUUGUUUAGUAAAUCAGAGAUAGACCAGCACAAACUACGGCUUUUAAUAAGCUUGAUAAAGAUCCUAUUACUGGGUCAAAAUGUUCCUGCUGUGAAUGCACAAUAAAGGGAAUUUAUAAGUACUGAGGAGUGCAUAACCAUUUGUUUUCUAUGGACCCAAUAAAAUUUAAAAUUUACUGAGCACCAUGGGGGACGUGCCAGGAACACUUUAAUGUAGAACCAACUUAUUCUCUGCAUCCCUCUUUCAGUUUCUUUGGAAACUUCUGCAUUAGCUUGGGGUAGUUUGGUAUAUGUAUUGUUUUUUUUUUUUUAAAUUCUAUAUUCAUCUUCAGGAAGUAAAUGACAAAAUACAGCCAAUGACAGCCUUGCAAUAGUAACGAAGCACACUUGUACAUCACCAUCUGACAUUUUACAAAUACAAAGGUAAAACAACCUUCACAAUAGCCACAGACACCAAGACUUGCACCCCAAAUACAAAGAAACCUGCCGGUCCUGUUAAAACUCCCAUGGGUCCCAUACCUUCUUAAAGGGGCACUGUAGUCACUAUAACCAUUUCAUCUGUUCACAGGCACUGUCCCUCCUUUCAAUGAUAAACCAUUUUUGAGCAGUUUAACCCUUCUGGAGGUGUGGCUAAGGCAGAGAUUGCACAGUUCCUUUUUGUCAUACCCGUUAUACCGUCAGUGGGAGUUUUGAUAGGCUAAAAGCAGUCAGCUGACACUCUCAGCCAAUCACAGCUGCCUAUUGCUGCUCAGACUAGUACUUCCUCAUUAGCCCAAGCAGCACAGAGGGGAUGGACCGCUGGGGACUCUUGUUUAGCAUUAAAACAUAAAAACAUUACAAACUGUUUAAUGCUGAAUAAGGGGACUGCAGACAGUAUAACCAGUUUAUUGAGAAGAAGCAGACAGUUCAUACAGUGUCCCUUUAAAGUAAGGCAGAUACUUAUGAAUCAGAGGUGUGAGCUUAUCCAUGAGGUGGCCAUAUACUAUUUUGAGAAUAGCCACAGUCAUAGAAGGGAUGUUGUCUCGCAGCCUUGGUUGUGCUAGAGCCCUCCUGGAUGUCAGGGUAAUCUUGUUCACAAAUGUCUGUUCUUUGGAGAGCUUGUUGUGUUUUUGAACAAAGAAAAUCACACACCUGCUUUUUACAUUUUUUUUAUAUUAGUAUUUUUAAGCAACAAACAGGUGGUAAUUUUGGUUCACCCUAACGGAGCUUGCAGUCUAUGCCAACUCAGUUCACCAUAGGACACAAAUGUGUUUUUUUUUCACGUUUGCAGCUCAUAGAAGGAGCAUCGCAGGAACAAAAGCAGAACUUGGGUAUCAUGCCAGUUGAUUACUAUUUCUACCUAAAUCAAUCAGACACUUAUAAAGUGGAUGGGACAGAUGAUAAGAGUGAUUUCUCCGAGAUGCUGGUAAGUCAUUAAUUUAUUUAUUAAACAUUCAUAAUGCUUGUAAUAAGCCACCUUUUUUUAUCAUGACUUUAAAUGUAAAAGAAGAAUGAUUGCAGCAGAAGUAAUAUGUAUAUUUUAUUUCUACGUUCUAUGUACAUAAAUUGUAUUCGUGCCCCCCACAAGUUGCAUCAAUAUGGAAAUUAAUGGCAAAACUUGCACAUAAGUGCUGGCAGUUUCAAAUUAGUCAUGUCUAAUCUGUCUAAACUGUAAGGAAAAAAAAGCAAUGCUUAGUCUUUUGAAGAAGUAAAAAAUGUGAUAAAUGUUUCAGCUAGUUAUUGCACCGCUUUAACCCCUUAAGGACCAAACUUCUGGAAUAAAAGGGAAUCAUGACAUGUCACACAUGUCAUGUGUCCUUAAGGGGUUAAACAAGAUAAAGUAGUGUAAUAAUGUGCAACCUUUUAUUGUGACAUCAAAAGUAGAAAUAUUACUUCUUAACUACACUGAGUUAAGAUUUCUUCUUAGAUCAGCAAAUUGUUAUCCAACAUUUUAACUCUUUUUACCUGAAUAUUAAAGGGAUGCUCCAAGCACAAUGACCACUUCAGUCACUUAAAGUAGUUAUGGUUUUAGGAGUCAGUAUGUGCAGUGUUUCACCUUGAAACACUGCACAUACAGAGAUAAUUUUAAUUGUAUGCUGCGGGCUAGUUUCACCUCCGGAAAAUGGAACUUACGCAGCCCAAGACUCUAUUGCAGACUGCCGGCGAAGUGAUCCAAUCACAGGUUUCUCCAUGAGAAACCUGUGAUUGAACCGCGCGAGGUUCAUGAGACGUCAGAUCAUGGAGGCGUAAAAGUCAGUGCCGAAUGCUUUGCCUGGCGCUGAAUUCCAGGUAACUUAAACUUUGUUUUUGUGGGCUAUUUUAUUUCACAUGAAUACCAAACAAAUGGAUUUUUGUUUGGUAUUGGACUCGUUUUCCUGGCACUAUAGUGCCCUGAGGGUGCCCCCACCCUCAGGGACCCCUUCCCGCUGGGCUCUGGGGAGAGGAAAGGGGUUAAAACUUACCUUUCUCCAGCGCCGGGCGGGGAGCUCUCCGCCUCCGAUCUUCCUCCUCUCCUCCCUUUCGAAUGAAUGCGCACGUGCGGCAAAUGCUGCGCACGCAUUCAGCCGGUCUCAUAGGAAAGCAUUUACAAUGCUUUACUAUGGACGCUUGCGUGUUCUCACUGAUUUUCACAGUGAGACUCACGCAAGCGCCUCUAGCGGCUGUCAAUGAGACAGCCACUAGAGAAUUUGAGGGCUGGAUUAACCCAUUUAUAAACAUAGCAGUUUCUCUGAAACUGCUAUGUUUAUAAAAAAAAUGGGUUAACCCUAGCUGGACCUGGCACCCAGACCACUUCAUUAAGCUGAAGUGGUCUGGGUGCCUAGAGUGGUCCUUUAAUGCUGCAGAUUUGUUUAGUUCAUUACCAUCACAUGGUACAUUCACACUUGCUCUUAAAAUUUUAUUUUAUCCAUUUUCUUCCCUCUUUGCUGGCUUUGCCUCUUUUCUUGGAAUUUACGUGACCUGCUGAAACUCAGAAUGCCAUGCAGGUCAUUGGUAUCACUGGGGAAGCACAACAGAUGGUCCUACAGAUUACUGCUGGUAUCCUGCACUUGGGGAACAUUAGUUUUCUGGAGCAAGGAAACUACGCCAAGGUGGAAAGCCCUGACCGUAAGUCAUUCUGCUUUUGUGUUUAGAGAGUGCGUACAUUAGACAUGCGUGGAGGAAAGAUUCUAGAUAAAAUAAUUUUAAAGAUAAAAAAGGAAAACGUACCAGCACAACUUAAGCUUUUGUUAACAAUAAAUUGCUGUGAUUAGUUUAUUUUAAAAAGCAAUCACAUAUACAGUAUAUAUAUCCAUACAUUUAGAGACACAGAAAACAAGGCUAUAAAUUGUGGAAAGACUUUAAGGGAUACUAUAGUGCCAGGAAAACAAUCCCAUUUUCCUGGCACUAUAGGGUUAAUAGCUGUCCCCCCCCCCCCACUCUCUGCAAUGGCCAUGAGCGCAUUAGACCUCCUUAUAGGAAAGUAUUAUUCAAUGCUUUGCUAUGGAGAAAAUCUGACGCUGGAGGUCCGUGAGGGUGUCCAGCUUCAGAUAACGGACCAAAAGUCAGUUUGGAUUCCGGAAGCUCUUUAGAGGUAGACAGCCACUGAGGGCAGACUUAGAGCUGAAUGUAAACAUUGCAGUAUUAAGUGAAAAAGGGUCACAGCAUCCAGACAAAUUCAAUUAGCUGAAGUGGUCUGGGUGCCUAUAGUGUCCCUUUAAAGCUUAAAACAAGUUACACAGUUAGAUAGUUUGUUAUAAAAUUAACCAGAUACAUUAAACUUUGCGAUUAUACGAAAGAAAGGGGUUGCAGUGUGAAGGGUACAAUAGUUAUGUUAUAACAUUGAUACAAUUCUCUGUGUCUUUUUCAGACUUGGCCUAUCCUGCCUACCUGCUGGGCAUAAACCAGGACCGUCUCAAUGACAAGAUCACAAGUCGUAAGAUGGACAGCAAGUGGGGGGGACGUUCUGAAUCCAUUACUGUCACACUAAAUGUGGAGCAGGCCACUUACACACGAGAUGCUCUCUCCAAAGCCCUCUAUGCAAGGGUCUUUGAUUACCUUGUCGAGGUAUGCAAACUAAGAUGCUGACGUAUGUUAAUGACUUGUUGUUUUGUGCAAAUGUUAAAGGAACACUAUAGUGCCAGGAAAACAAACUAGUUUUCCUGGCACUAUAGGGUUAUAAGAUAACUAGCGCCGGGCUCCCUCAGCGCUGGUGACCUCUCCUCCUUCUGCAGACGUCAGCUCCGAAGAGGAGACAGCCACUAGAGGCUGGAUUAACCCUCAAUGUAAUCAUAGCAGUUUCUCUGAAACUGCUAUGUUUUCAGCUGCUGGGUUAACACUAGGGGGACCCGGCACCCAGACCAAUUCAUUGAGCUGAAGUGGUCUGGGUGCCCAUCGUGGUCCUUUAAACAUUUGACCAUGGUUUGUUUAAUAAUGGUGCCCUAGGCAAGUACCUGCAAUAUUGUAUAGGAAAUCUCCCACUACUGCUCUCAAAUCGAUAACCUGUUGAUCUCAACUACAGAUGGAAUUCUCUAUCAAAAUCCAUCAUUCAAACUGCUUUUUCUUAGCUUUAAUACUGAACUUACAUAUGUUGGUAACAUUUUUGGUGUUUAAACUAUCUGAAACGUAAUAAAUAGUAAUACACUAUAACUAUUGGAGACUUCUCUGUGUGCACUUACCUUGAAGUGUGAAGAUAACAAAAUAGACUUAAAGGAACACGAUAGUGUUAGUAAUACUGUACUGUAAAAAACUGUAUUACUAACACUGUAGUGUCCCUCUGCCUCUGCAGCCCCCUUUACCUGAUUCCAAUGUGGAGGUCCCUUGGAGCUGGAUUGAGCUCCUCCUCCUGCGUCGUCAUUGUGAUGGAGGAAUCUAAUGCACCUGUGUGGCGGGCGCUCAUUAGGCCUUCCCUAUAGGAAAGCAUUGAAUUAAUGCUUUCCUAUGGGGUUUAUCAAGACGCUGGACAUUCUCAUGUAAAGCGUGAGAACGUCGAGCAUCGUUUCACUGAAGUAAACGCUGUGUGAAUCGAGGACGCGCCUCUAGUGGCUAUCUGAAAGAUAGAGGCAGUCUAGACCAAUAGAGGAAGUCUUGACCCUGUAAUGUAAAUAUUGCAGUUUCUCUUAAACAGGGUUAAGGGGCCAGGGGCACUGCACCCAGACUACUUAAUCUCCAUGAAGUGGUCUGGGUGCCUAUUGAGUCAGUUUAAUGAAAAUACCAAAGAAGGAAAUUUAAAGAGCAUAUACCCUGUGACGAGAGCAAUCUCGCCACAUUGCAUUGGAGAAGCCUGGUUGCUCGCCUGCUGCCUUUGGACUAUGGCCCCAUGUUAAAAGACUUUGUUUCCACUGCAGAAAAGACUUAUUCGUGCUUUUCUGCCCGGUGUUCGGUAGAUUCAAUCUACCGAACAACCGCAAGAAUGACUAGACCACCUGGGAGCUGGAGUGUGCCGGCAAUUAACCUCCCUGAAGCUGCGGUUAACCGCAGCUUAAUUGACGAAUGCUGAGUGGCCGCCAUUCGUAUAACAAGCACGAGGUCGUGGCCAUUUAAACACGCGAACGCACAGCGGUGUUCGACGCUUAAUUCAUGGAACUAAAAUCGGACACAGUUUUGCGCAAACACCGCUGAAGCCGCCGACCUCCCUUCUUGUUCGGUGAAAGUGCACGAACGUCCCGGUGCUCGGUAGUUUUACUUGAAUAUGUUAUACCCCAGAUAGGAAUCCCAUGGAGCCCAUUCGCAUGAGAACUGACUGUGUAAAGACUUUGGCUCCAUGGCAAUUACACUGUAUUCAUGUGGUCUGAGCACCAUUCGCUUAAUAAUGUGCGCUCAGACCUGAGCUAUCUGGGGAUAUGUUAAAUGUAUAGUUUUAUUGUAACUUGUGUCCUACUGUGUAUUUUAAUAGUAAUUCCUGUGUUAGUAUCCCCACGUGCAUAAUGGCGAUUUGCCUUUGUCUUGGGAGAUAAUUUAAUUACUUCUCAAUUAUCUCCAAGGCAGAGGGGAGGAAGCCAGGAUGCAUUGUGGGAAUAUAAUGUGACUGUGUGUCCUAUUUGUCUACUUGUCUGUCUUUUGUCACAGUCUCGCAUUUGGUCCCCUAGGGGAGUGUCCACCAGGUGGGAGACCUGCAUAAAUACUGGGCAGGUAGCCCUCAUUAAACAGACCACUGCUUGACCCCCAACACGGAGCCUUGUCUCGUCUUUGGGGGGAUUUACUGAACGCUGAUAGAGACUGAUUGCUAGUGUGAGUGUAAGCCGCUUGGAUGCUUUUCCUAUUCGUCUGCUAGCAGCGAUUCGUAUGGUUCCAGUUCAUGUGUUUGGAGUGCUAUAUUGUAUGCCGUGGAGUUUGGAGCAUUCCCUUAUUUGCUGUUCUGGAAUUUGGUGUUCUACAGUAGCUGUGCCUGCAUCUCUGAAAGGUGAUGAUCGCCUAAACGGUUUUUACCCCUUGUGUGCAAAACGGUCCGUUACAAUUGGUGGCAGAAGUGGGAUUGUUCCCACAGACAAAAGGACAGCUACAGGCGACACCAUUCCGUGGAUUUUUACAAUUUGAGGGCAACGCAUGUCUGAGUACAGCGACCCUGACAGCACCAGGAUGGAACCAGCAGUGGCGUACAGCUACUCUAGGAGAGAGUUUGAUAAUAUGAUGGAAUUGCGGCUGAAGUUCUUUGGACCCAAUCCACCGGAGAAAUACAUGCAGUCCAUGAGGAACCUAGUAUUCAAGCAUCUGCAACACUGGGCAGAAAGAGAAGGUCAGCUUGCACGUUGGGAGGAACUCCAGCGGCAGGUACUGCAGGGAAUUGGGAGCCCAGUCUCCAUUCCCCAGCGGCAGUGUGAUAUGCAGGGAAUUGGGAGCCCAGUCUCCAUUCCCCAGCGGCAGGUACUGCAGGGAAUUGGGAGCCCAGUCUCCAUUCCCCAGCGGCAGGCUGAGUUACAGGGGGCAGAGACAGGUGGUCCUGUCCCCCAGCGGCAGUGUUCCUUGCAGGGAGAGGAGAGCAGCGUCCUCCCUCCCCAGUGGCAGGGUGAGCUACAGGGAUGCUGGGCAGUCGGCUCAGAUCCCCAGCGGCAGUGUGAUAUGCAGGGAAUUGGGAGCCCAGUCUCCAUUCCCCAGCGGGAGAUAUUGCAGGGAAUUGGGAGCCCAGUCUCCAUUCCCCAGUGGCAGAGUGUCCUACCGGGAAUAGAGAGCCCAGUCUCCUUUCCCCAGCAGCAGGAGUCUGUAUUGGGAGCAGAGACAGUCGGUCUCCCUCCCCUGCGGCUGGAAGUAUGUAUGGGAGAGGAGCUUGUUACCCCCUCUCCCCAGCGGCAGCUUAAUGUACCAGGGGGAGACAGUAAGCCCCACAACUGUGCAGAUGGGACCGUGGUCUCUGCACGUACAGCACGGGGGGUAGGGACGGUCGGUUCUGCCCUCCAGCGACAGGGCUGUUUAGCCAAAGGGGAGACAGUCGGUCUCCAGCAGCAGAGCUGUGUGUCUAAAGGGGAGACAGUCGGUCUCCAGCAGCAGAGCUGUGUUUCCAACGGGGAGACAGUCGGUCUCCAGCAGCAGAGCUGUGUGUGUCUAAAGGGGAGACAGUCGGUCUCCAGCAGCAGAGCUGUGUUUCCAAAGGGGAGACAGUCGGUCUCCAGCAGCAGGGCUGUGUAUCUAAAGAGGAGGCAGUCGGUCUCCCCCUCCAACAACCAGGCUUCAACCAGGCUACCUUCCCAGUAGCGCUGGCAACAGGGCAGAGUACCGCUGGUCUCUGCCCACGCAGCAACCCGCCAAGUCAACAUACCCGUACCCAGCACAGCCGUGGUGAGGCACCUGGACAUGGACAAGCUUCUCCUCUACCCAGGUGUAAUAACCAUUUAUUGUGGGUGGGCUGUGCUGUUGAUUGUGUUUUGUGGGUGGGCUGCUGGACUAACAAGGGCACUGACCGGCUUACACUCCUAGCAGUCAAACUGGAACAGCAUACAAUAAAUCCUCCCCCAAUAAUGAGACGACACUUCACUUUGAGGGUUAAGCAGGAACUCCUGUGCUGGCACACCCAGCCUGGUUUUUAUUACAGUCUUUCACAUACAGGACCGCCCACAGGGAGGUAUAAAACAACCAAUCACAUAUCAGUUACAUCCCACAUAUUCCCUCCCCUUAUCCUAAAGGAAACUCAAUUACACAUACAGUUAAAACAUACUUUCUACCCAACUUUCAUAACUUUAAAACCAUACAUCACAUUCACAUAAAAUUACAUAUUCACAAUCAAUUCAUUCAGGGGAACAACAUAUUAAAAAAUGGCAUGAAUUUGACCAGGGGUUCAAAAGUUAGUACAGAGCCUUCUAUCCUGGAGACAAUGGGGGAAAGUAAUCUAAUUAUCCAGGGAUAGAGGCAGACUCCAUUGAACACAUGGUUGCAAAAAGACAUAAAACACUUUAAAAUACAUAAAGUCACCUUUUACACAUAACACACAGACAUUUCACAUAUCCCCAGAUAGCUGGGAUCUGAGCGCACAAAACUACCGAAUAGCGCUCAGAUCCUAUUCACACAGUUCAAUUGCCAUGGAGCCGAAGUCUUUAACUACACGAAUGGGCUCCAUGGCAUAGCUAUCUGGGUUAACACAUUCACAUAAAGUCUGGUCCAUAGUCCAAAGGCAAGAGGCGGGCAAGCAGCCCCCUCCAAGGACACGUGGCGAGGCCGGUUUCGCCACAUUUCUCCCCUUUACCAUCCAGACUAACAGGGUAUCUGACCUCCUGCCGGUCAGUGCCCUGGUUAGUCCAGCAACCCACCCACGAAGCACAAACAGCAAUACAGCCCACCCACAAUAACUGGUUACUACACCUGGAUAAAAUAGCAACUUGUCCAUGUCCAGGUGCCUCACCACGGCUGUGCGGGGGGCUGGUAGACUGCCUUGGUGGGUUGCUGAGUGGGCAGAGACCAGCGGUACUCUGCCCGGGUGCCAGCGCUACCACUGAAGUAGCCUGGUUGGAGCCUGGUUGUGGGAGGGGGAGACCGACUGUCUCCCCUCUGGAUACACUGCUCUGUGGCUGGGGGACAGGACCGACCGUCCCUACCCCUGGUGCUGCAAGUGCAGAGACUACGGUCCCAUCUGCAUAGUUGUGGGGCUUAACAUCUCCCCUUGGUGGGUUAGGCUGCCGCUGGAGAGAGGAUGUAACAAGCUCCUCUCUCUGAACUGUAGACUGCCGCUGGGGAGAGGGGGUAACCUGCUCCUCUCCCUGACACUCUCUUUGCUGGUGGAGAGGGGGACCAACUGUCUCCCCUUUCAAUAUUUUGUCCUGCGGCUGGGGUGCGAGACAGACGGUCUCUGCUUCCUGGGGUACACACUGCCGCUGGGGAGGAAGGAUGGCACCUUCAGUUCCCUGAGGUACACACUGCUGCUGGGGAGGAAGGACGACACCUUUGGCUCCCUGGGAUACACACUGCCGCUGGGGAGGAAGGACGGCACCUUCAGUUCCCUGGGGUACACACUGCUGCUGGGGAGGAAGGACGACACCUUCGGCUCCCUGGGACUCACACUGCCGCUGGGGAGGAAGGACGGCACCUUCAGCUCCCUGGGGUACACACUGCCACUGGGGAGGAAGGACGGCACCUUCAGCUCCCUGGGAUACACAUUGCCACUGGGGAGGAAGGACAGCACCUUCUGCUCCCUGGGGUACACACUGCCGCUGGGGAGGAAGGACGACACCUUCAGCUCCCUGGGAUACACACUGCCGCUGGGGAGGAAGGACGGCACCUUCAGCUCCCUGGGACACACACUGCCGCUGGGGAGGAAGGACGACACCUUCAGCUCUCUGGGAUAUACACUGCCGCUGGAGACGAAGGACGGCACCUUCAGCUCCCUGGGACACACACUGCUGCUGGGGAGGAAGGACGACACCUUUGGCUCCCUGGGACUCACACUGCCGCUGGGGAGGAAGGACAACACCUUCUGCUCCCUGGGGUACACACUGCUGCUGGGGAGGAAGGACGACACCUUUGGCUCCCUGGGACUCCUUUUUUGGCCAAAUCUACUAGAGAUUGCAGGUAUUCUCCUACUAGUUUCCUGGCGAGCUGCACGGCUCUCUCUGGGGGGUUGGGUCCAAAGUUAGACAGCACCUCAUUAACCUCUCUGUCAAACUCCUCCUGAGUGUAGUCAUACGCCAUGCUUGCUCUGCUGAAGUUAGUUCUUUUGUAGAUAGGGUCGCUGUACGGGUACUAGCGUUGCCCUCAAUUUGUAAAUCCAUGAACUGUGUCUCCGAGCUGCUUUACCUCGCACUAGGACGCCAUCCCACCGCUUGCCACCAAUGUAACGGAUCACCUGGCACCCCGACUGGGUACCUUCGUUGAAGAAUGCUCCUAGCGCUUCCUGAGGACUCCAAGCACUGCAGCAGACACCACAACCACCGAACCGUAGGAGCAUAUGAAUGCUCUCAAGCAUUUGAAUGUUGUAUACAGCUGAAUAGGAAAAAACAUGUGAAUAGGUUUACACUCCUAGCAGUCAAACUGGAACAGCAUACAAUAAAUCCUCCCCCAAUAAUGAGACGACACUUCACUUUGAGGGUUAAGCAGGAACUCCUGUGCUGGCACACCCAGCCUGGUUUUUAUUACAGUCUUUCACAUACAGGACCGGCCACAGAGAGGUAUAAAACAACCAAUCACAUAUCAGUUACAUCCCACAUAUUCCCUCCCCUUAUCCUGAGAGGAAACUCAAUUACACAUACAGUUAAAACAUACUUUCUACCCAACUUUCAUAACUUUAAAACCAUACAUCACAUUCACAUAAAAUUACAUAUUCACAAUCAAUCCAUUCAGGGGAACAACAUAUUAAAAAAUGGCAUGGAUCCGACCAGGGUUCAAAAGUUAGUAAAAGUAUAUUUUGGGCCCUGGCUGGCACAUGGCUAUCUGGCUCAAACAGGUUUUACAGAGCCCUCUAUCCUGGAGACAAUGGGGGAAAGUAAUCCAAUUAUCCAGGGAUAGAGGCAGACUCCAUUGAGCACAUGGUUGCAAAAAGACAUAAAACACUUUAAAAUACAUAAAGUCACCUUUUACACAUAACACACAGACAUUUCACAUAUCCCCAGAUAGCUGGGAUCUGAGCGCACAAAACUACCGAAUAGCGCUCAGAUCCUAUUCACACAGUUCAAUUGCCAUGGAGCCGAAGUCUUUAACUACACGAAUGGGCUCCAUGGCAUAGCUAUCUGGGUUAACACAUUCACAUAAAGUCUGGUCCAUAGUCCAAAGGCAAGAGGCGGGCAAGCCCCCUCCAAGGACACGUGGCGAGGCCGGUUUCGCCACAGUCGUGAAAAAGCAUCUGGUUCCUAUGGUGACGCUGUGUUAGGAUGAUAAAAGUGAUCGUGAAUCGUGAAUUAAAUAAAAAUAAAACCAACUAGGAGGAUAUGUAAAGAAAAUCAGUAAAUAGAAAUACACAUGUAGAUAGAUAUAUAGUAAGAGAAUACCAUACAGCCCAGAUCAAUGGAAAGCUUAUAGACAGAUGGAAGAGGAGUGAGUGGUGCACGUGAGUGAAGUGAGUGGAAUAAGAUGGAUGAAGAGUGGAGCUGAAUGAAGAAAGAAAAGACCAAGAAAUUGAGCAUAGGAAAUGGGGGAGUGUAAAGAAGGAGCGAAGAAAUCGAGUGUCUCAAUGAAGUGAUAUGUGGUGUGUGUGAAGAUAAUAAGUGACGUAAAAAACAGAAGUGAGGAGGUGACAAAAGAGUGUGGGCUAUAUACAAAUCAAUAUACAAAUAUAUAUAUAUAGAGGACAGAGAGACAGCCUGGAGAUGGACUUAAUAAAUGAAAAAUAUAAAAUAAACAUAUCAAUAAAAAUAAAAGUGAAGGUAAAUAACAAAAUAAACAAAAUAAAAAUAAUAUAAAUGAAUCGCAAAAAACAUGUAUAAAUAAAAUUGAUAAUAAUACAAAUAAACAUAAAAAUAAAAUAAAUGUAAAUAUGAAAAUAAAAAUAAAAAUAAACAUGGAAGAAUAAUAAUAAAAUAAAACAAUCAAAAAAUAAAAUAAAAAAUAAAAAAAUAAGACUAUAAAAAUAAAAAAUAAAAAGAUAAAAAAUGUGUAUAUAAAAAAUCCAAAGACAUAAAAAAUAUCGAAAAAUGUAAAAAGAAAAAAAAAGAAAAAAGUAAAAAGAAAACAAUUGGUGAGAAAAAGGUUAGAACAAGAGGAUUUCAGAUUAACGUGCACCACUCACUCCUCUUCCAUCCGUCUAUAUGCUUUCCACUGAUCUGGGCUGUAUGGUAUUCCCUUACUAUAUAUCUAUCUACAUGUGUAUUUACUAUUUACUGAUUUUCUUUACAUAUCCUCCUAGUUGGUUUUAUUUUUAUUUAAUUCACGAUUCACGAUCACUUUUAUCAUCCUAACACAGCGUCACCAUAUGAACCAGACGCUUUUUUACGACCUUUUCGGUCGCAUUACUAUGACGUCAUCACGUCCUCGUCAAUCCCACACGUGAUUACUUGAGCACUACACUGCGUCCACAUACGGAUCUGGGGUGUUACACCUGCACUGGGUAAGUGAUUAGCUCUUAACAAUUUAUGCCCUAUAAAUACAAUUUUUUCACUUAUAUUUGUAUCUUGACAAAGACCUCCUGGGUCGAAACGUUGAUCCUCUUCAAUAUACAUAAAGCUUGAUUGAAAAAUCCUCUGGAGUGCUCUCUUUAUCGCUUUCCAUAUAUAUAUAUAUAUAUAUAUAUAUAUAUAUAUAUAUUUUUUGUCUUCCACCCUGCCCCCACACACACAAAAACUUUCAUAUUCACAUACUGCCCCACCACAUAUUUCCCACCCCACACACUGUACCCCUAUCACACACAGUAGCCCACGCACACUGUACCCCCCCCACACACACUGUACCACACACACUGUACCCCUGCACACACACACUGUACCACACACACUGUACCCCCUACACAUUCACUGUACCUCCCACACAGACACUGCACACCUCACACACAGACACUGCACACUGCACACCUCACACACACACACACUGCACACCUCACACACACACACUGCACCCUUGUCAGGGAUCUUACCUAAUGUGGAGUCCAGUAUGCAGAGAUAUACGCUCACCCUUGCAAAUAAACACAGACCAAGGUGACCACGUAAGAAUUCACCUGGCCUGUGAGUCUGUGCACGGGGGCUGUGCAGGACAGGCAAGGACAAGCAGAAGAGUAGUAGUGGAAAGUCGAAGUCAAGGGAAGCCAGAGGUCAGGAUAAACGAAGAUAUAAGCCAAGAUCGGAAGCCGGAAUCAGUUUGGAGAACACUGGAUCAGGAUACAUUAACAGGAACCAAAGAGCAGAACCAGAGUCAAUGAACUGACAAAGUUCCCAGGGUGAGGCAGUGCUUAUAUCCAGCUAAUAAUGAUCUGCUACAGGUGGUCUAGAUAGACAGAAGCAGCCUCGGGUAAAGUCCACCUCGUUUGGCCAUCUAGAUGUCACAGUGCAAACCGUGACAACCCCUAACAUACACAUACUGCGCCCCUCAAACACACAAAUUCUGCGUCCUUCUAUGCACCCCUAGCACACACACUUCACACACAGACACUACUGCCCCUAUCCUGGCAGACACCAUGUAAGUUGUCAAACUUUUCUAAAAUGGUUUGACUACUUAUUCUGGGAGGGCACCAUGGCACUCCAGGCACCAUAACCACUACAAAGAGCUGUAGUGGUUACUGUGCCUGGAUUGUUCCUUUUAAUAAUCUACCAGUGCCCCUUCUGAGAUUAGGUUCUGGAUCCGCCCCUGCCUCAUAGUGGAUUAUUGUGACAAUUAUAAGGGCCUUACUUAAUCAAGGAUAACACAGGUAACAUGUGAACAGCUAUUCAGAAUGAGUGAAACAAGUAAAGAAACAAAUGACAAGAGCCACAACUGGUGAUGUUGGGUGAAAGAUAUGAGAGGAAGAAGAGAGACAGAGAUUAAAAAUGUAAACAAAAAAAUAUUGUAGACAAAAACAAAGAGUGGAAUAGCGCUAAGUCAGAGGAAGGGGAGGCAGCACACCUAGAUGGGUUACUCUCUCCUGAGAACCCAAUGAGGACAAACAACAAUACAAGACAGUAGGGUGCGCCGGGGAGUUAGGAGUAGGUGUCCUGUGUGAAUUUGUUGGGAUCCCAGUGACAGAGUCUUUGGACCUGUUUGCUGGCUACAGGAUUCUUCUAGCCCUGGGAUAAAGCAAGAGAGCUAGGCCUGAGAGCUGCAAGUGUCUUUAUAAAGACAAGAGCUAUAACAUUGCAGGCGGAUGUGGAUACUAGCCUAAUUUUGUUUAUAUAUAUAUAUAUAUAUAUACAUAAUUUUAUAUUAUUUUAUUAGUUAUACUUUGGUUGCAUAAUUGAGUAUUAAUUCACUCCUAACUCCCUGGCGCACCCUACUGUCUUGUAUUGUAAUGAAUUAUUGUUAUAUGGAGAGAAAGAUCAGAACAGAAAGAUCAGAUUUGAAGUUAUUAUAGUGAUGUUUCAGUAACAGGUUGGAAGCUACUUCAGAAGUUAUCUGGACAUACCUUUAACUAUGAGAAAAGAAAAAAGUAAAAGCUGUGCCAGAUAAAACCAAUAAGUAAAAAGAAUCAACAAGUAAAAUUAGUCCAAAUAAAAGAGAAAGUCCAAAUAAAAUAAAAUAAGUCUUAGCUGAAUAGGUCUUCCUUAAAUAGAGUAGUCUAUACAAUGGUGAAUCAGGAACAAUGUCCUCGCUGUCCUUCCUCAGGUAGAUCCAAUGAUAUGAAAAGAUAAAACAGAUGACCAAAAUAGUGUAAUAUGUUCACUAGGGUAUAACAGAUGAUAUAGAAAGAAUAAUAUUGCACUCACAUUUAAUAGAGCUAUAGCUAGCUCUAGUAUGGAAAGCGUACAGCGGUUUUGAUCCCCGCUUGUAGGAUAUGAUGCAGCUUUCUUUUCUUCAAGGGUAAAUGCCACUCAAAGAGAAUAAAAAGACACAACCAAUAGUGCUCUCAGAAUCAAUAACGCGCUCUCGGACAACCACAAGGGAAACCACGACAGCAUACCUUUAACUAUGCAUUAUGAAGGAAUGCCUGCUACCAAUGGGUUUUUUAUGGGAAGACCAUUUGAGAAUUUAUUGAGGUUUGAGCAUUUGUUGAAACUACCAACAAAGAACCUAUCAAAUGUUUUGGGGAGAUGUUUUUGUAAAACUAAUGCCUUCUACAUAGAUUGCUAUAUAAUGAAAUAAAAUAUCCCUGAUUUUUGUAAGUGUAUUUUGAAACCAACUCUAAUAUACCCAUUUCUGUUCAACACUUCUGCAUGACUUUUCUCAUCUACAAUCAUACACAUGACGUACCCCACUUGGACCUUUUGUACCCAAAAUUUUCUAUUUUGUUUGUUCCCUAGGCAAUUAACAGAGCAAUGCAAAAACCACACGAAGAGUACAGCAUUGGUGUUCUAGAUAUAUAUGGAUUUGAAAUUUUCCAGGUGCGUUACUUUGUUCUUCAUUACAAAAACAACAGAAAGCAGAUUGGUUUGGUAUGGCAGCUCAACAAUGAGCCUUAUUUUCUACCUAUUGAAUAAGUCCUUGAUGGAUAAACGUAAUUUUUCACAAUUAAUAUAAAUAUAUAGUAUCUAUCAUCUAUCUCCUGGCUAAUGCAUGGCAGCAUCACAAUAGGGUUACCGCCACCGCUUGGAUGUUUAGGACAGGAAAUUCAAUUAUAAAUAUCCAUUAUAUUCGAUAGGUUCUCCAAUUUAUUUUUAUUUGAUGCUCACCAGACAACCUUUUUAAAACGAUCAGUCAGAAGAGUUCCUUCUUACUUGAUACCCAUUACACACACCAUUUUUUGUAUGUGUUUCCAUGGGUGUACCCCUUUUAUUGAAAAAUGUCCUGGUCUCAUAUAUAUUUCCGACGUCACAGGAACAGGCAUCUAAUCAGACUUUAUUGACAUAGAAUCUGCUAUUUCAUAGAUCCCAGGAGGUCCAAGCAUCUUCACAAAAAUUGCCCUGUCCACAGAGUAUUUUAUAACAAAAAAAAAAAAUCAAAACUGAACAUGUUCAGCAUGUUUGAUGCACAGUUUAUAGUUUUGAGGCAUAUAUAAGUACAUAGCCCAACAUUAUUUUGCCAGUUAUUACGCCUUCCCUUGAUUAAAGUCUGUACCUUAAUCAUUAACAUAAAAACUGUAACUCCAAAAGGUUAACUUUAACCUAGAAAUAGUUCUCCUCUCAGUAUUGCCAGUAUAACUGGAUUAAUGGUUCCACUAUAACACGUGUUAUUUCAACCAUAGGAUAUUUUUACAUUCAUCAAUGCUACAUAAUGCCCUUAGAGUGAGACAGCUGAGUUUAGAGUUGUUCACUUUGGAUAAAUACAUGACAAUGCAAAAGUUGGAAUGCAUCAAGUAAUGACUGGAGAAUCACUCUACACGAUUGUACUGACAUGAAACAGCUUGCCACAUUUUUACUGUAAAGUUUCUUAAUACAUAUAUACAUGCACACACAUUUAUCCAUUUAACUCAAGGGUCCUCUAUACAUUUCAUGCGCUAAAAAACAAUGGUUGCAGACUUUUAGGUGUACAUGUUUAUAUUCUGUUUUUCUGCCGUUAAUGUCAGUAAAUAAAAGGAACAGUCAAUGUAUCAAACCUUACCUUCUUUUAUUUGUAUAAGAAACGUUUUGUUUUGUUUUUUUAUUUAAAUGCCUCAUAUUUCUCUUUUUUUUCACCCAGAAAAAUGGAUUUGAACAAUUUUGCAUCAAUUUUGUUAACGAGAAACUUCAGCAGAUAUUCAUCGAACUAACAUUAAAGGCUGAGCAGGUGACGUGCCCGAUUGUGACCCUGGGACUGUUGGUUCUAGGAUUUAAUGAAGCUUGUACAAAGGAAUUGUUAAGGCACAUUGGCCUACAUUGGUAGCAGAUGUACGGAGCAUUAAGGGUUCUGUUCAAGCAAUUAAGAUGUCAGACAGGGUCUUGCUGACAGAUCUGAUUACAACUGACUAGAUAUAUAUUUUAGAUGUAGAUCAUUUUAAAAUAAGUUACAAUUUAACUUCUAGACUGCAUGUUCUUUUGAGCAGGGUCCUCAUAAACCUAUUGUUCCUGUAACAUUUUGUAAUUAUCUCAGUUAUUGUUAAAUUUCUCUCUUUAUCAUUUUAUAAAGCACUGCGGAAUAAGCUGGCACUAUAUAAAUGCCGAUAUUAAUAACCGAAUUUGUGCAUGAGUCUUUCUUCCAGAAUUCAGAAAUAAAAUCAAAUAUAAAAAAAUACUAAGCAUGCAAUAACGUUAUCUUUAUAUGUAUGUGCGUAAGCAUGUAGCUCACAUGGUUCAGAACCUACACCAGGCUCGAAUGGUUGACCAGUUGUUGGAGAGUAGAUCUACGUCACAAAACAUAGUGUCUCAAUUGUGAAGCCUUAUAUUUUUUUGGGACAGCUAUAGACUCCACAUUUUAUUAUUAUUAUUAUUAUUAUUAUUGCCAUUUAUAUAGCGCCAACAGAUUCCGUAGCGCUUUACAAUAUUAUGAAAGAGGGAUUUAACUAUAAAUAGGACAAUUACAAAUAAACUUACGGGAACAAUAGGUUGAAGAGGACCCUGAUCAAUCGAGCUUACAAAGAGGUAGAAGAAUCACGUUGCCUGGGAGCAUCUAUAACUCACAUGAUGCCUAAUGAAAUCAAUUCAUUAAUCAUGACUUCUAUGAAAGUCUUGCAGCAUCUUCCAGAUGUUCCUCUCAAAUGCCACAAUACUCUUAGAAAAGCAUUCUCGCUCACUGAUGCCUAUGGGUUCUAUAUAUAUAUAUACAUAGGUCCACUGACGGGCAUGGUUUCUUAUAUUGCUGCAAAGGAGAUAGGUUAUCUAAAGGACAAUUCUCGCCUAUUUGCGAAAGGCCUUUUAAUGCUGUCUAUGUCCACAUACUAUACGUGAGCAAUUGUGAGUAUCAGUUGUAGGACAUAUAGGAUGACAGCCAACUGGUCGAUGGGGCAACAUACAGCUCUUAUUUUUUCUUACAUUACCACUCUACCAAUCCUGGAGUAUUUUAGUGCACAUCCCUAACUACAAAUACAUUAGUAUACAUCCUUAAAGUACAUCCUUAAAACCUAGUGAAAGCUAAAUGUACACUUCUUGGCCGAAAAAGUUGAUAUUAUAAUUAUAGGAACUGUGUAGUAAUCAUAAUGUAUCAUUGUGGAGUUUGAUGCUAUUUGUUAAUCCUGGAAUAACAUAAUCUACAUUUUUAUUUACCAUUAUACUCACUUGCACAAUAGUAAUAAUUUACACAAUUAAGCUGGCUUUUUCGAUAACAUUGAAAAAAAAUUUAGAGCUCAGCUCGUGAUUUCUGCACUUUACGUGGUGCCUAUUGUACAAAAUUCCAUUUAGUUGCAAAAGAUAUUGUGUAAUAUUUACAUGUUUAAUGAUUCCACACUAAUCUUCGUUAUAUUUUCACAGGAAGAGUAUGUGUCUGAAGGUAUAAAGUGGACUUCCAUUGAGUAUUUUAAUAACAAGGUGGUGUGUGACCUGAUUGAGAACAAACUGGUGAGUAUAAAAUGCACACAGUAAUGCCUAAAGGGGGCAAAGGUUAACGGAUACAAAGCCUUAAGCUACAAUUAGUGUCACUCAAAGACAGUUUUUGUCAUAAAAGGAGCACAAUGGCAAGCAUAAGCUUGUUUCGCUUCAGUGACAUCAUUUCAAUAAGUGACAGCAUUAAAAGUCUAAAUCCCAGGGAACUACCAAUCUGUGACACUCCAGCAUCUAUUGUACAAAUCUUUAAUGAUGAUUUUAAAUUAUUUAACUAUUUUUUAAAAUAUGAUAUAAUAUUCAGUCUCAAAUAUUUCAUUAUUUUCCCAUAAUACACACUUUCAUAUAUAUAUAUAUAGAGAGAGAGAGAGAGAGAGAGAGAGACAGAGAGAGACAGAAAGAGAGAGGGAGAAAGAGAGAGGGAGAGAGAGAGGGGUGAGAGGGAGAGAGAGAGAGAGAGAGAGGGCGAGAGGGAGAGGGGGAGAGAGAGGGGAAAGGAGGUAGAGAAUGAGAGAGGGAGGGCAAGAGGGAGAGGGGGAGAUGGGGAGGGUGAGAGGGAGAGGGAGAGAUGGAGAGAGAAUGAGUGAGAGAGGGAGAGAGAAAGAGAGAGAGAGGGAGAGAGGUAAAGAUGGAGACAUGGAGAGAGGGAGAGAGAGAGGGAGAGAGGAAGGAGGGAGAGAGGGAGGGAGAAAGAGAGGGCAAGAGGGAGAGAGAGAGAGGGAGGGUGAGGUGGAGAGGAGGAGGACAGGGGAGAGGGAAGAGGGGAAAGGCGAGAGGGAGAGGGGGGAGAGAGAGAGGCAGAGAUGGAGAGAGAGAGGGAGGAGAGAGAGAGGGAGAGAGGGAGAGACAGAGAGAGAGAGGGAGAGAGGAAGGAGGGAGAGAGGGAGGGGGAGAGGCAGAGACAGAGGGAGGGCAAGACGGAGAGGGUGAGGGCGAGAGGGAGGGGGAGAGAGAGAGAGAGACAGAGGGAGAGACGGAGAGAGAGAGGGAGAGGGAGGGAGAGAGGGAGAGCGAGAGGGAGAGAGGGGGAGAGGGGAGGGGAGGAGAGGAAGAGGGGGAGAGAGAGAGAGGGACAGAUGAGAGAGAGGGAGAGAGAGAGAGAGAAAGUGAGAGACGGAGAGAGGGAGAGACGGAGAGAGAGAUAGAGCAAGGAGGGAGAAAAGGAGGGAGAAAGGAAGGGAGGGAGAGAUGUAGAGAGAGAUAGAGCAAGGAGGGAGAAAAGGAGGGAGAAAGGAAGGGAGGGAGAGAGAGUGAGGGAACGAAAGAAAGAGAGAGGGAAAGAAAGAAAAAAGAAAGAAAGAAAGAAAGAAAGCUAAAAUAAACAGGCGUAGCAUGAUUAUUAUUAUUUUAUUAUUUAUAUAUAGGACUCUUAGCUUCUAUGUGGGCUCAUCUUAACCAUCUUAAAUACAUGAAUAUAUGUGUUAAGCUUAAUUUACCAAUAUUGAUCAGGAUGAAUUUUUAUUGAAUGUUCUUCCAGAAUCCACCAGGUAUCAUGAGUGUGCUGGAUGACGUAUGUGCCACCAUGCAUGCCACAGGUGGGGGAGCUGAUCAGACCCUAUUACAGAAGCUUCAGGCCGCUGUGGGAACCCACGAACAUUUCAACAACUGGAACUCUGGUUUUGUUAUACACCACUAUGCUGGGAAGGUACACAACCUCCCCCCAUACUUGAGAUACAAAAUGAGAGAUAUGUUAAGAAGUUCUUCCUGGGGAAACAUUUUCCAAUUCAGUCAAUAACAUACGGGACAGCGUGUGUAAGGUUAAAAAAAGAAAUAAUUAUUUGCAUUACAUAAUGUUCUAGAGUUAAAGUGUAUAAAAGAUGGAGUCAAUGUGUUAAUGAGGUUCUAUUAGUUAAGGUAGAGUAAUGUAAUGGGUGGAUGUUGAGUUUAAAUGGAAGGACAGUGUUAGUAUAUGAUCUGAUUUGUGAGUUGGCUUGUGGAAUUAGUUGUGUUAUUUUCAUCUCUCCUUCUCUCUUGCCUUCAAUCAGGUCUCUUACGAUGUGGAAGGCUUCUGUGAAAGGAAUCGAGAUGUUCUGUUUAAUGACCUUAUAGAAUUGAUGCAGAGCAGUGAACAGUAAGCUAGAGUUCAUGUACAGAAUAUAUUUCUUUCAUUCAUCAAAGUCCUUUAUGAUUCACAUUUGAAAGCUUACACCUAAGCAUUCUUCUUCAACUAUCUGCCAUUCAUUUAUUUUCAGUUUAUGUUUUUUUAGGACUAGUAGUUUGACAAUGCCAUUUUUUAUUCUUGCACGUUUAACUGAAUGGAUGUUUAAGACGAUGUGCUUUAGCCAGUUAUGGUACAUCAAUAAACUGAGAACCAAGUGGCCAUUAAUAUUGAUAUACAAUAUUGAUAUACACACAAGGUCUGGAGAUCAAGCAGCACAAUACAUUAGGCAUGCCAAGUCCUAAAAGAUUAAAAAGCUAAAGACAAUGAUUUUGAAGAACCAUGCGUCCAUCCUAAAUGUACAGCUUUAGUUCUCUUUAUUUUCAGUAUCUGUUUAAUGUUCUGAAUAAUAUGUUCUAUCUCUGUCUAGUCAGUUCAUUCAAAGCCUUUUCCCGGAAAAACUGGAUUCCGAUAAAAAAAGUCGUCCAACCACAGUAAGCUCCAAAAUUAAGGUGAGUUGACUAAUGGUCCUUUUUUGGUCCUAUUCUCUCAGAUUCUGUUAUUAGUAGAAGAGUCAUUUUCUACAAUUAAUUCCUCCAAUUAUUUAAAUAGAUCAUAACCUGCAAGUUGUUUAAUUUUAAAUUAAUUAAUUCAUUCAUUAAUUAAAAUCUUAUGUGCACCUGGUUCAUGACUUUUGUGUUUCUCUAAAAUUAACAAAACAUAAUAGCAUAACGAAUGUAAACAAUAGUUCCCAAAAAUGUGCUUUUGAUGACCAUGCCAUUCAUUUUCUUCAUUUUCCCUUAUUGAUGCCGUAGAAACAAGCCAAUGACCUUGUCAACACUCUCAUGAAAUGUACUCCUCACUACAUCCGAUGCAUCAAGCCCAAUGAGACUAAGAGGCCGAAAGACUGGGAGGAAAGCAGGUCAGGGGAAAGAGAUGUUACCGUGUGAAUAUCUCUCUAUUUAUCCUGGUUACAUCUGAUGUAAAUCCUAUAUAAAUUCUUUGAAUUGCAGAGUCAAACAUCAAGUGGAAUAUCUGGGCCUAAAGGAAAAUAUCCGUGUGCGCAGAGCUGGCUUUGCUUAUCGUAGAGUGUUCAAUAAAUUCAUGCAAAGGUAUACAAAUACAAAGAGUACACAUGCUGGAUGAUGGAGUAUGUGGUAAACUUGUUGUAUACAUUACAAGGUUACACUAACCAAAAAAUAGUAUUUUAGGAAAACAAUGGUUUUGGUUAGAGUAAACCUUCUUAUCCUGCUACACCCCUCAAAAAAACAAACACGUAAACGUACCUCUGUUAUUGUCUCAGGUGCCAAUCCUCCUCUGCUGACAUAACUCCCCCUAGCUGCCAGGGGAGGGAUAUAUGGGAAAACAGGCUAAGAGGAGCUCAUUGGCAGCACAGAGGCACCAUGACUGAAGUGGUCAGGGUCCUCGGAGAAACUUUUUAAGGUACUUAUUCACAAUGCCCAGUAUAAUGAUAUUAUUUGUACAAUUUUGAUUCCAGAUAUGCUAUCCUCACUCAAGAAACAUGGCCACGGUGGAGAGGAGAUGAGCGUCAGGGGGUACAGCACCUCUUGAGGUCAGUGAAUAUGGAUGCAGAUCAGUAUCAGAUGGGAAGAUCAAAAGUGUUUGUCAAGAAUCCAGAAUCGGUAGGUUUCUGAAACCACUGGUGUUUCUGUUUAGAAUUUAAAUUUUCAAAGGCUCGUAGCUGCAUUUUAUGUGAUGCCAAUUGGGUCAUUUUAUUUGCAAACUUUGCACAUGCUUCUGGUAUAUAAUGUUGAUGCAUCUAUUUGUUACAUUUAAAGGGAUAAUCCACUACCCAAUUACGAAAUAAAUAAAAAUCACUGUUUAGUAGAUAUACCCCAAAACAUGCAUGCAUUUUAUUGUGCAUUUUAUCAUUGUGGUUAUAUCCAAAAAUCUGCAGGUCUUUUGUCUGUUGCCACGGCAAACCCUCCCCUUCAUGCCCCACCCAGACGUUCCGUGGCUGUCCAAUCACAAACUUCCCAAUGCAGCUCAAUGAGAACUCUUUGCAAGGCAUGUGCUCUGAGUAAUUGCUGCAUAAUGAGUUUAGUUCCACUGAGCUUAACAAACCAGGAAGUAAAAGGACCGGUUGUCUGCUUGAGAGCCAUGGGGUGUAAUCAGGUUAAUCUACAAAAGUGCCAAUUUCUAUUGAAAUUUGCACUUUUUGCAAAAUGAAAAAACGAUUUCACACGUAAAGUUUUUCAGCAAGUUAAAGUGCUUUAGGGGUCUAGAGUAUCCCUUUAAUGAAUUUCAAGGUCCAUUCGAGUAUGUUACCAUCAUACAAUUAUAUCCAUCUUAUUCAGCUUUUCUUACUGGAGGAAAUGAGAGAAAGGAAGUUUGACACCUUUGCUAGAACCAUUCAGAAGGCAUGGAGACGAUACAUCGCUAAGAGAAAAUAUGAGCAGAUGAGAGAAGAAGGUAUUUCCAACUCCAAUGUGCUCUAAGAAUGUUGCCACCACACCAAAUAUUGUGUAUAAUUGACAAGCGAGCAAAAAGUUUUGUCAAAAUAGACAAACGAAAGGAAAAAAAAUUCCAUCUUGGGCCUUGAUUUCAAAUAAUUUAAUAUUUUUGGAUAAACUUUUUAAAUUAUUUUUUUUUUUUUUAAAUAUUAAACAAGAUAAGACAUAUAAAUAUAUAUCAAUAUAUAAAAAAAAAGAAAUCAAAAUACUAAAACAUUUUUCAAAAUAUUAUAUCAUUUGAAAAGCUUAUCUAAAAAUAUUAAAUCCUUGGUUAUAUCAGGCAUUGGUUAAUUUGGUCUGAAAUUUCCAAUCCCCUUUCUAAUUAUCCCUAAUUUUUGCUUCAACAAAUAAACCACUAAAGGUGGAACAACAUCUGGUGUAUGUAUAGAUUUAUUUUUCUUUUGUUAGUAGGCUGAUUAUAGUCAGCUUAUUUCUCCUAAACUGGAUUUUUGAGAGCCAAUUACCCUAUAAUUAAAAGGAAAUGUAACAAUUUAUACAUUAUUGUCUGCAAACAAAACAUAUGGUAAUGGGGACAUAAUAUUUAAUAUUGUUUUGUAUUUUUUUUUUUUUUAUUGGGGGAGAGGGGUUAUUUAUUUUUUUUGCACUCAAAAAUAGUUACAAAUGCAUUCAGGCAGACUUUAGAAAAUGCUAUAGAGCUUGCAAAUUAAUUUUUAUCCCUCAAUAUUGUUUUAAAGCAUUGGGAGGCUAAUGCGCAUGUGUGACAAAAUGCUGCACUGCGCCAAACAGCAUCUCCUCAUAGAGAUGCAUGGAAUCAAUGUACCUCUGUAGGGAGCAUGCAGAGUGUGCAGAGAGUGAAGACGCUGAACGCCAGAACUGACCCAGGAAGCACGUCUAAUGGCCGAGUGAUUUCCACUGGAGGUGUCCCUAGGGAGCAAUGUAAAAACUGCCUUUUCCCUGAAAAGGCAUUGUUUACAUUAAAAUGCCCAUAGGGACAUACUAUACAAACCAGAACAACUACAUUUUGAACCUUAGGUUUUAGACACUUAUUAGGCAGUCUCUUUAGUAACUGGCUCCCUAUGUCUACUCUGGAAGGUGUAUAAUGACUACUCCUCUUCCCACCUGUCUUGUUGUGUGUUUCUUUAGGAUUAUUAAAAGGUAGGGACCCCCUCCCUUCCCCCUUUCCCCCUUCUUCCCCCUUUCUAUAUUACUCUCCUAUUUUGGACUCUUGUGGUCCUACUUGUUCGCUUUAAGUUUUUCUAUUUGAGGGUUAUUCCCUAAUUUGGGAGAGUAUUUUCAGGACUUACUAGCACUAAUUCAUCGGUCGUAGUUACGACCCCUGAAUCAGAGCCAUCAUUCUUUAUUUGUUACAUUGAGCUAUAGUUGUUCUGGUGACUAUAGUGUCCCUUUAAAAUUGAAAUUUACUCUGAAUAUACUUUUAUCUCCUGAGGAUUUUCACUUUAGUGAAUUAACAAAGAGUCAAAAAAUGUUUACUUACAGGACUAUUCACUAAUUCAUAAUUGUCAGGAAUUAAAAUGAAUUUUAAAUUUGAGACCAAAAUUACUGAACUGGAAGGACAUCAAACUGAUAUAAUUUUUCCAAUUCAGAUAUUUUAUAUUAAAUUUGACAAUUCUCACCUUAGUAAAUAACCCUUUAGAUACAUUGAUUGCUGCGUUUGGCACAGUUAAAACUGCAAAGGUGGAGACGAUGUAAGCAGAUGUCCCCAAAUUAAACUAGUGCAUUGUGGGAUACCAUAUACAUCAUUUGGAUACCAUGUACAUCAUUUGGAUACCAUGUACAUCAUUUCCUUCUAAUGGAUGUUUGUGCAUAACACAUUUAUUUAUAUAUUUUUUUUAUUUAUUUGUUUGUUUUAGUUUAUUUUACUUAAUAAGAAAAAAGGUAGGUAGGUUGUACUGAGAAGGGCUACUAAAUUGGUUCAUGGAUUGUAGGAUAAAACCUUCCAGGAAAGGUUAAAGGAUCUUAACAUGUAUAGCUUGGAGGAAAGACGAGACAGGGGGGAUAUGAUAGAAAUAUUUAACCCCUUAAGGACCAAACUUCUGGAAUAAAAGGGAAUCAUGACAUGACACACAUGUCAUGUGUCUUUAAGGGGUUAAAUACAUAAAGGGAAUCAACACAGUAAAGGAGGAGACUAUGUUUAAAAGAAGAAAAACUACCACAACAAGAGGACAUAGUCUUAAAUUAGAGGGACAAAGGUUUAAAAAUAAUAUCAGGAAGUAUUACUUUACUGAGAGGGUAGUGGAUGCAUGGAAAAGCCUUCCAGCUGAAGUGGUAGAGGUUAAGACAGUGAGGGUGUUUAAUCAUGCGUGGGAUAGGCAUAAGGCUAUCCUACAUAUAAAAGCCUAAUGCAAGUAUUAAGAAAAUCGCGCAGACUAGAUGGGCCGAAUGGUUCUUAUCUGCCGUCACAUUCUAUGUUUCUCAAAUUCUGUUUCACAUGAGAUACUGAAUUUAAUCCGUUUUGACGCUUGCACGUGUAGUUAGAGAGCACCAAACUCCAUUAGUACCAAAGUACAGAUGUAAUGACUCUAACUUUACUAAGCAGCAAUUAUAUUACUUACCUUCAUGUGAAUUUUCUUUUCAUAGUGUAGUGUAGUGUUGAAUUUUAAAUUCAUGCUGUUUGCUACAUAUUUGAUUUUUUUUUAUUUCUAAAAAGAACUGGGAUAGUAGUUGAAAUUAUUAAAAUUCAUAGGAUGGCACUGCUAUGCGUACUGUAAGAAAUAAGAAUAAAUCACCUAAGGUACACCAGCACUAAAUCCACUAGAGGGGGUUGUUAUGAUUUUUCAACAAUUACAUUCUAUUUUAUUCCGAAAUUUUAGCUUCCAAUAUUCUGUAUGGGUACAAAGAACGGAGAAGAAAUAGCAUUAAUCGCAACUUUGUGGGAGACUACUUGGGUAUGGAGGAUAAGCCGGAGCUCCGUCAGUUCAUGACAAAACGUGAAAGAAUAGACUUUGCUGAUUCCGUUAAUAAAUAUGACCGAAGGUUCAAGGUAAGAAAUUACUUAGUGCAAGAGAUGAGUAAUUGCAUUAUCAACUGAAAUGUCAUUCUAGACAUUUACCCUCCACACACUCAUGGGUUAUUCACUUAAACGAGAGUUGCCAGGAAAUUAAAGUGAAUUUAAAAUGAGUUUCAAUAUUUAGACCAAAAAAGCCAAAAUGAAAGCAUAGUCAACUUGGAGAAUUUUUCCAAUUCAAUUAUUUUGGCCUAGAAAUUGGAAAUCACUAUGGAUUCCCAACAAUUGUUACUUUGGUAAAUAACGCUGUAUGUGUGUUCACUAAGCACCAUAUUUAGUAAAGGGAAUUUGGCCACGUUGAUUUCGCACAUUUAAUUACAAUUCAGCUGAUAAAAUUCCUCUGCUGUUCACUGUGUAAUUUAUUGGCAUAACUGAAACUGUAUUGAGCCGAAUGGGACCCUGCUAUUUUUAUGUCAUAUAUUGUCACACACAUUGUGUAAAAUAGUGAGAUUCGGUUAAAAAUGUAUCCAAUACUAAUUAUCAGCCAAAAAACAAAAACAAAGAUGCUGUAAGUUAAAAGCCGGGAUAAAUACAUUUUAAGUUUAUAGAGGGGGAGGAUUGUGUUGGAGUGAAUUAGGGUUAGUUCGGUUUAUGGAUCCACUUCCCCUGGUCUGUAUCAAAGGAAUUGGAUUGAUUGAAUUCAAGGAACACUAUUGCUAGGAAUACAAAGUUAUAUUCCUAACAUUAUAGUGUCCAUCUGACCCCACCCCAGCACUGAAAGGAUUAAAUAAACCCUUUAAACACUCAUCUUACUCCAGCGCCAUGGUCCCUUGGCGUUGGCUUCGUUUCCAAUUUGUCAUUGCAAGGUGGACUCUAAUGCGCAUGCACGACUUUAAUUAAUGCUUUCCUAUGGGGAUUUUCAAGACGCUGGACGAUCUUUAUUCGGAACAAAUUUUUUGAGCACACAAGUGAUAAAAGCAAAAAAAAAAGAAUUUACAGAAAUGAAACAUUUCAGUACACUUCUGCAAGCAUAACACAGAUCAAUACUUUAGAUUAGAACAACAAAGAGUACAUUAAGACCUUGGUUUCAGUACCAAUUGAUCCAUUGUUGGGCAACAAAUGUUUCUUGUGUUAUAUGAAUACAAGACUAACAAGUGUCGUACUAAUCAUUAAAUAGAAAGAAAGAAUGAGAAGGGAAGGGUAGCAGAAGAGGAGGGAAGAGCAGAGGGCUUAUUUGAAAACCAACAAACACCACAUUUGUAUUACAUUUGAUGUUGAAUUACUUAAUUUAGAUAUACUACUAGACACCAAUGAUUCUCUGCUCUUGUAAUGAUCUUGUUUUAAUUAAAAGAAUCCUUUACUAAUCAAACAGGUCAUAAAGAGGGAUCUUGUACUCAGUCCCAAAUACAUUUAUUUAAUUGGACGUGAGAAAGUGAAGAAAGGACCGGAGAAGGGUCAGAUCAAAGAAGUAUUAAAAAAGAAGGUCGAGAUUCAGUCUGUGCAAAGUAUUUCACUCAGGUGAGCUAAGAUAUAUUUUUGGUAACACAAACCAAAAUGAAGUGCAAAGUUGCUGAUACCCGAAGGAAUCUACUUCUUCUUGUUAGGAGUUUCCAGUAUUCGGUUAGUGGCUCGUAAAGCUGACUGACAUCAUAGUUGACUAUAAGUACAGAUUAAAAAGCGUUAUAGAGUACACAGCAGUGUUAAUUUUGUUGACUAACAAUUUUAGUCAAAUGUUAGUCGGCUAAACUUUUUGAGAUUUAGUCGACUAACACUAAAACAAUUCAGGAUGACUAAACUAUGACUAAAACUAAAAUGGCUUUUUAGUCAAAAGACUAUGACUAAAACUAAAUUGAAAUUUGCUCCCAAAAUUAACACUGGAACACAGAUCAGGGGCUCCAGAGGCAGCAUUAGCCCUGCCGUGAAAAGAUUAAACUGGAUUGUGAUUUCGGUUUUUAAAUUUUAAUAUAUGUUAUAUGUAUAUAUAAAAGACAAUGAAGCAUCACUUGAGAAAAGAUUAACACACGAAAUGGGUCAUUUUUAAAUGUUUAUUCAGUGCUGUGAUUUCCACAGCUAUGACAGUUCCCCUUUAAAAUACAAUGUUGAUGAAGUAUCAGGUCUGUCCUCUUCCAACCUGCUCUCGUUUUAUCCUUACACAGCACCCGCCAGGACGACUUCUUCAUCUUGCAUGAGUCAGAGAACGAUACUCUUCUGGAGUCAAUAUUUAAAACAGAACUUCUUAGUCUAAUAUGCAAACGCUAUGAAGAAAUGACGAAGAGUACACUGUCUCUGCACUUUGCUGACACGUAAGUUACUGUAGAAGGGAAAUGUUGACAGAAGUGUGUAUUCUACCAUCUUUCCCUGAAAAUAAGACCAGGUCUUAUAUUAAUUUCCUCCCCCCCCCCCCCGAAUAGUGCACUAGGGAUUAUUUUCAGGGGAGGUGUUAUUUCAGGGAAAAAUGUGGGUUAGAAAGGGAAAAAUGUGUGCUAGAAAGCAGGUCUAUGUUCGGGGGAAUUCCUGCAGACAUAGACCAGUUCACUAGGGCAUGGAAUCCUGCAAAUCUAUGUUCAUGGAAGCUAGACAUGUGCAAUUCGUUUCAUUCUGAAUGUCAAUUCGGACUAAUUUCGGGCAAUUCGGACAUUCGGAUACUUCCGAAUGUCCGAAUAGCUGAAUUGCCGAAGUUCGGAAAUUUCCGAAGUGCCGAAAUUCCGAAGUGUCGAAGUGCUGAAGCUCCGAAGCACAGUAUUGCCGAAGUACUAAUAUACCUACCAAGUGGAAGAAUGAAGAAUGUUACACUGUAUACAAGUUUAAAUAAAAAGUAUACAAACAUAGCCAGGAUUCAGCUGAAAGCAUUUGCAACACUUACAACAAUCAAAUAACAAAUAUUCAUAUAAAAUGUAAGUUACUUAGCCAGUCAAUGGAAUUACAGGAAUGAAUAAGUAGAUAACUCCCUAAUUCCCACGGUAUUAGGGAGCUAUCUAUUAAAAGGCUGAAAGACCUAAAUUGGUCUUUCAGCCAAAUUUACUAAUACUAAGUAAAGAUUACUUAGUAUUAGUAAAUUAUGCCCCUACUCGCUAUAGCGUGAGUAGGGGGAUGUCUAUUAAACAGUGAGCAGCCUGUGUCUGCUCACUGUAAAACAAAAAAGCGGCGGGUGGGGGCCCUAAAUACCAAUAAGGGGGGACCUUUUCCCCCCCCCAGGCUCCCACCCCUGAGCGGUGGGUGGGGGCCCUAAAUUAGAAUAAGGGGGGACCUAUUGUCCUCCCCUCUGGCCCCUACCCCUGAGCGGUGGGUGGGGGCCCUAAAUACCAAUAAGGGGGGGACCAGGGGGCCAUGGGGAGGACAAUAGGUCCCCCCCUUAUUGGUAUUUAGGGCCCCCACCCACCGCUCAGGAAUGGGGGUAGGGGAGGACAAUAGAUUCCCCCACCUUAUUGGUAUUUAGGGCCCCCACCCACCGCUCAGGGGUGGGGGGCCAAAAGGGAGGACAAUAGGUACCCCCCCAAUUCUAAUUUAAGGGCCCCCACCCACCGCUCAGGGCUGGAGGCCAGGGGGAGGACAAUAGGUCCCCCCUUAUUCUAAUUUAGGGCCCCCACCCACCGCUCAGGGGUGGUGGCCAGGGGGAGGACAAUAGGUCCCCCCCUUAUUGGUAUUUAGGGCCCCCACCCACCGCUCAGGGGUGGGGGCCAGGGGGGAGGACAAUAGGUACCCCCCAAUUCUAAUUUAAGGGCCCCCACCCACCGCUCAGGGGUGGGAGCCAGGGGGGAGGACAAUAGGUCCCCCCAUUGGUAUCUAGGGCCCCCACCUGCCGCUCAGGGGUGGGGGUCGGAGGGAGAGGACAAUAGGUCCCACCCCUUAUUCCAACUUAGGGCCCCCACCCGCCACUCAGGGGUGGGGACUGGGGGGAGGACAAUAAGUCCCCCCUUAUUCUAAUUUAGGGCCCCCACCCACCGCUCAUAGGUGGGGGCCCGGGAGAGGACAAUAGGUCCCCCCAUUAUUUUACUUUAGGGCCCCCACCCGCCGCUCAUGAGUGGGGGCCGGGGAGAGGACUAUAGAUCCCCCCAUUAUUUUACUUUAGGGCCCCCACCCGCCGCUCAGGCAAUAGGUCCCCCUUUCAGAUUAUAAGCCCCCACUCAUCCGGCACGGAUGGGGGCUCAGAAGGGGGGAAUCGAUUUUUUUUUUUUUACAGUGACAACCACAGCCUGCUCACUGUUUAAUAGACAUGCCCCUAGCGAGUAGGGGCAGAAUUUACUAAUACUCAGUAAUUUUUACUUAGUAUUAGUAAAUUUGGCUGAAAGACCAAUUUAGGUCUUUCAGCCUUUUGGUAGAUAACUCCCUAAUACCAUGGGAAUUAGCGAGUUAUCUGCUAAGCGGCUGCAAGAGAAGUGCCGAAGUCCCGAAAUUCAGAAAUGCCGAAGUGUGGAAGCUCCGAAGUUGCCGAAGAUCCUAAGUGUCGAUGUGCCGGAGUUACGAAUUGCCGAAGUCCCGUAUUUCAGAAUGCCAAACCAAACCCCAAAUUUUCCCCAUGCACAUCCCUAAUGGAAGCUACCCCGAACAUACAUUAGUUUACUCGCAAAUGGAAUCUUGCGUAUCUAUGUUCAGGGAAACUUCCCCGAACAUAGAUUAGCGAACGACAAGGUUAUUUUUGGGUUAUGGCUUGUAUUAGGAGCAUCCUCCGAAAAUAAGCUAGGGUUUAUUUUCGGGGGUUGUCUUAUUUUUGGGGGAAACACGGUAAGAGUGCAGAGUGCAUAUUCUGAGUCUGAUUGUUGAUCAGUUUGUUUAUUUUAUUUCUGCGUUUUCUUUAUAAAAUUGCAUCUUGUAUGCAGUCGUGUGGUAUGUUAUUAGUUAUUAUUUGCUGCUGUAGACUUUUUUUGUACCUAGGUCCAUAUUGUCCAUUGUCUCUUUAGUUAAAUGGUGUAUUCUAUGUAUGGUUUAACCAUGUGAGGUAUGUAACUGCAUUUAUCUGGAAGAUGGCAGUCAGAGAAUUGGAUGUAUAUAAUAAACAUAUGUAGUCUGUUGAGUGCCUUACUGUUUUACUAUUUUAUUAGACUACAACUCCGGGUGAAGAAAGAAGGCUGGGGAGGUGGCGGAACUCGGGCAUUACAAAUAACCAGAGGGCAGGGUGAUAUUGCCCAGCUAAAAUCUGGAGGGAAGACAUUGCUCAUCAGCAUUGGUGACGGACUACCUAAAAAUUCAAGUAAGGGAAAAAUCUAGUAAGACUGCAUAAAGGAAAAUGAACCUUGAGUUUGACUGAGUUAUUCCAUUGGGUAUUCACAUAAAAAACCCUAAUCUACAGUAAGUUAGAAGUUAAACUUGGCCUUAUUAUUUCCUACUCAAAGCACAUUAGAAGCUCCAAAGACCAGCUUAAAAUAAGAGUUUACACCAAUCUCCCAAUAUACCUCUAUUAAAGAGAACAAGUACAUAAGGAACACUGUAGUCACCAUAACAACUUCAUCAAAACAACAUGGCAACCUUUGUGAUUUCGAGAAUGGUUUAACUCCUUCAUGUAAGAAAGUGCCCAGGGGCCUCCUGGCACCAUAACAACUUGAUAUGUUGUUAUGUUGACCGGAGUAUUCCUUUAACGCUACUGUCUAAAUACCAAUUUACCAGGCAGUUUUAUCUAAGUAGGAGCCAACUACACUAAUGUUACAUUUAACUAUUAGUUAGUGUCUUCAGCCUAUGCUCAGUCAUGACCUAGUAAAUUAUUCUUAAGGUAGGGCACAAUAUUGCCUUUUUCCAUCUAAUGGUCCUUAAUGCAUUAAACACUGAUAAAGUCAAGCCUUGCUACCAUGCAAACUGGGCCAAUAAAGGGUAUGCACUGAGAGAACAUUUAGGAAAAUAAAAAGCAAAAUAGUGUAUACUAAUGCAUGUGCUACUAAUGCAUGUUUUUUCUCUGUCACUGAUUUUAUUAAGUGAACACAUGAUAAUUGAGUGACACAUUGAGUGUGAGAACUUGAGCACCUAAAGUACACAUUAUCAUUGCCAUCUUUUUCCUCCACAGAACCUACCAGAAAAGAGGUUCAACAAAACCGCAUGCACAGACCUCCCCCAAAUCGACCAGCUCCUGCACCUCCAUCAGGUAAGCAUGUUUACCAAAACACAGCAUAUUCAUCCCACAUCUUUUCCUCCAUAUUCACUACACUACUCUACAUCAUUUGUAGAUGCCUACAGAAAUGGAGCACCUAGUUACUCCACCAAAUCCAGGAAUCCCACUUACACCCAGGCUAAAAAGCAAGGCAGAGCUCCACCUUCUGCUGCUAUCCCUAGGAAUCCUGCGCCCAGGAGGAGCCGGGCACCUUCAGACCACAACAUGGAAUUCCUCAACGUACCAGACCAAGGAGUAGCUGGGUAUGAACAUAUUAUAUAAUCCUUAAAUUGCUUAAAGCUUCUAUAUAAUUAAUAUAGAAAAUAAAAAUGAAUAUGAUGUUUACAGCACAUUCGCUGAUCAAACUAUGAAUUAAACAGGGUUUCGAAUCUGUCGAUCCUGAAUUUAUCCAAAUUUUGUCCUAAAUGCUUAGCGAUCUGCUCUAUCCAGUUUGCAUAGAACAUUGUUUCACAUUAAAAGAAUCCCUAACAGGUGGAGUUCAUAGGCAUGUGAUGUUGGGCCACAACAUUAAUUGUUCACUGAGGAGAACAAACAAGCCUAAAGGUGUGGAACAUCCUGCCAUAUUGAUACAGAGCUUAUGUUGACAAGUAUGAAGACUGACUUUGUUAACCAUUCAAACGUUCCAAUUUAAAACACUGAUAUCUUUCAAUCAAAGCUGGAUUGUGACUUAUCUUAGGCCAGUAUAUUUACAGUGUCUCAUUUUACCUAAAAGGUACACCAUAGGGUCCGGAACAUAAACGUGUUUUCCUGACCCUAUAAUGUCUUUUUUUCUAGCGCCAUUCAGGUCUGCCGGUGCUAGCCCUGCUUGCAAUCUGCCUCUUUGCUGACAUCUUCAGAAUUUAGGAUUUCUGCCAAUUCAAUGCUUUCCCAGAGGAAAAGCAUUGGAUUGGCUGAAAUCUGCAAGAAGGUGGGAUGGGGCAGGGCCAAAAGCAGAUUUGGCCAAAUAGCACCUCCUAAUAGAGAUGCAUUGAAUUAAUGCACCUCUAUGAGGAAAGUUCAGCAUCUCCAUACAAAGUUGCAGACUAAGACAGACUAACAUGAUUGAGCAAAGACUCACACAGAGACACGAUAAGUAGGCACUCACAUAGACUGAUGCACCAAGUCCAUGGCAGAAAGACUCACACAGUCUGAAACCCCCUUGCCUUAUUUUAUCCUGAAUAUGCUGUGAUUUGUUUAUUUAUCCGCCUGCUGUAUGAUCCAUUUUGUAAUGUAUCGUACACCCUCAAACACAUUUAAAAUUAUUUACGAGUGGCAACAGAGCUUUCUGUAACUAGUUAUCUAUGUAAUUGCCUGAGUUGCGCAUUGCGUAUUAUCUGCCUACAUUUACCGUGCAUCCUGUGCCUGUAUACUGUGAUUCUAGUUUCUGUAAUUCUAACAGUCAAUCCUACUUUCCUUCUGAGUAAUGCUGCAGCACUGAUCAUUAAUAAUGGCAGUCCUGUACCUCAUUAAAAACAAACAAUAUGAAAACUCAGAGAAAGGACAAAAGCUUAGAGAAACUCAGUAGCUUGCCCUUCGGUACAUCCCCGCUCAGAUCUCAAAAUAGUUUUUGCUCACUUGUGCCAUUACAGAGAGAACAUAUUCUGAAGCAUAUCAGACUGAUCCCACCCAUAAGGGCAUUCCAGAACCAAAAUGUCGGCAUGUUCUCUCUGCACAAGAGAUACAGCAACCCGAGAUGAUAAUUUCGGCCUUCUUUCGGCCUUGUCAGUAAGGUGUAGCUGAUACACCUCUAGGCAGAGUGAGCACAGGAUCUAUGUCUGGAUUACCCUUUUAACGUUGGGAGAGCAAAGCUAAUGCAUUGCAACAAAUACAAAGAAUUAGAAAUACAGCUCUGACCAUCAUUAACUCAAAUGGAUAUUUGUGUUGUUUAACAAUAACAUUAUUAGAAAGACACAAAAUUUUGAGACAAUUUGUUCCAGUUCUCUAGAAAUAUACAAGGUGUCUGCUUACUAAGAGAGGCAAUGGUGACCUCAAUAUUUGUCAUUUCACCAUUAAUACAUAGUUUUAAUAUACACCUAAAAAUAAAGGUCCACAGACGUCACAACAUAGGGUGAAGGCAAAGAAAUAUACUUAUUGGAGAUCAAAAAGGACAAAAAAGUUACAAUAUUUUGGCCUAAAGGCCUUAGUUAUGUAGGUUUAAUAUACAAGUUUGUGGUUGUAAGUAUACAUAUGUCUACAAGCAUGUCUACAAGCAUGUAAGUAUACAAAUGUCUACAAGCAUUGAUAUUGUGUCGUUACACAUCCUUCACUGUUUAUUUCUCUUAAUAGCAUACAAAGGAGGAAGAGUGUGGGACAGAGGCCACCACCUGGUGUAGGACGUCCAAAACCCCAGCCAAAACCAGUGGGACCUCGCUGCAGAGCAAUCUACCAGUACAUUGGACAAGACGUGGAUGAGCUUAGCUUCAAUGUUAACGAAGUCAUUGAUAUUUUACUGGAAGGUGGGUUGAGAUUGCAAGCAAUUAGUGAGGCUAAUAAUUAACUACAUUUCCCGAAGUCCCCAUUUUGUUAAUAUAACCUUGAGGAGAAAAUGUAAAAACAUUUAUAACACAAACUAGCACAAUUUUAACUGUGUGAACCCACCUAUAGUGGAAGCUGACACUGAGAACUGAGAUGUACAUAUACAGGAUUAUUGAUGUGACCUCUCUGUGAUGUCAUACCAUGUGAAAGUAUUUUUUAUGAAAAUGUUACUAUGAAGUAUUAGAUCACAGCAUGGGUGGGGAAUAGAAUGGUGUGGGACCAAGAGACAGGCACAAUGUUUGGUAUUGUCUUGUUUUUAACAAUAUUUAUUCAAUUUCAGAUCCAACAGGAUGGUGGAAAGGGAGACUUAAUGGAAAGGAAGGGUUAUUCCCAGGCAAUUAUGUGCAAAGGAUUUGAUUUAAAAAGUCUACAGCACCAGAAGCCCAUCUAGAAUAUGAAAUAUUUUCCUAAUUUGAGAAAAUGUGUUAAAAAAAAUGAAGAUACAUGAUGGAAAUAUUAUUUGCACAUGAACAAGUUAAAGGUGCUUUUAAGCCUGAAAAUAAUAGUUAAAAUUUCUCUUUGUUUUGUUUUUUGUUUUCAUUUUAUUUGUUUAUCACAAAAAAAAGUGAUUUUCCAAAUAAGAAUUUUUUAUUUUUUUGUAAUUGAUUAGUUAUAUUUUAUUAUGUUUCUGUGAAAAC